GCGCUUGACUGAUGGCGAAGAUGGCCAUAGAAGUUGCGGCGGGAGGCAGCGGCGCCCAAUCAAGACGCGAGAUGAUGCAGGGGCUUGAAGGCCUACGUUUUUAACUGGUUUUCGAGCCUGACGGUCUAUGCAGCUAAAGGAGAGGAGACGGGAAGGGGGUUUGGCUCGGUUUGCGCUCUCUCACCUUCCUACGCGACAUCCUCGGCGGAGGAGGCGGCGGAGGCAGCGAGGGUGGCUGCGCCCCGGCCGCCGCGUUGGCUCCGGCUGUAUCCGUGGUGACUGGCGUGUCUCCGGUUCUCCAGCGCUAGGCCGCGCCGCUUUGUUUUCCCUUUCCCUCCAGCUGCGACCUUUCAGCCGACUCCCUUCACUCUUCCGCCGGGACACACGACGGGGAUACACACACCCCCGUCCUGCCUGUCACGUGACGCAGACAAACCUCACCUCACGCCGACGGCGCUCCGCCAUCUUGGAGUCGGGAUUGGCGCCUCCGAGAACCAGUCGCCGGUGAAGUGCCGCGGCCAUCUUGGUUGUGGGCAGCUCCUCCACUCUUUAUAGCGGGGGCGGCCAUGUUUGAGGUGGGCACCGUUGGUGGUUUCCUGCACUCGAGGUCAAGCGUCCUCAAGUGCAGUGCGGUUCGCACUCGCCCCGAUGCUGGAUCCGCCAUCUUUGGUUAGGGGCCCAGCCUGCGUUUUUCGUGGUGGAAGAACCAUCUUUACUUUGGGCAACGGAGGCGGUGCUUCCCCUAUGUGUAAGGAAAAGGUGCACGAUUAUCUCUUUCAGUAACCCUUGGGAUGUUGGAGAAGUUACAAAGGGCUGAAUUACUGAAUCUAAGGCUCCAUCUCGUUGACUGAUUAGGUCGAUUAAUCAGUUUAAAACUUCUACUAAAAAACUUCUGACUAAUUGGGCAAUGCAUUUUUUAAAAAAAGAAGUUAAUACGGUACAUUGGGGUGGGGAGUGUCAGGUCGUGCAGUUUUCUGAAAAACCUUGCUUUUAACCUUACAGUAAGACAGAAAUCCUCUAAUGGUAUAGCAGCAUGCAUAAUCUAAACUAAACGAUAUUGUUUUAUUCAUAUGUCAAUUAAUCAACUAAAAUACAAAUCAUUAUUAAAUAUGGUGCCUUGGAACAUUUAUAAAGAACAGGUUUGGCAGGCCCCUACCUGUAUGCAUGCUUAUGCAGAAGGAAAUACCGUUGUGUUCUGUGGGGCUUACAUCUAAGAAGCCUGCAUGCAAAUCUUUUACUGUAAUGUGAGUUGUAAGCCUUACUUGAGAUUUGUAGCCUGUUCCUAAGCAUGUUUGGUUAGAAGUAUCCCCAUUAAAGUGGGUUCUCCCACCACCAGGUAGCUAUGCGUAGAUCAGUGCUUAAUUCUGAGUCUUCAUAAAAUUGUAGGGUUAGAAGGAACCCUGGGGAUCAUCUAGUUCUAGUCCAAACCCCUGCAACAUAGGAAUAUGAAGCUGUCCCAUACAGGGAUCGAACCUGCAACCUCAAUAUUAUCAGCACCACACUCUUAACUAGCUGUUUAGGAUCAGACUACAGUUGCAAGCACACUUAUCUUUAAGCACAUUCUUUCUCUCAGAGAAUUCUAGGCACAGUAGUCAGAAUUCUCAGCAAAUCUUAACAAACUACAGUGCCCAGAAUUCCUUGUGCUGGGGGUCAGGAGAUGCUUCAAAUAUAGUGUGUAUGCUGUACGGCUUUAUAAUCUUUCUGUUCUUUGUCCUCACAACUACCCUGCAGUUGAGGCUUGUUCCAGGUUCUUUACUUUCAGUUCCUAGUGCCUUAUUCAUUUCAGAGGUUUAGAUGAAGUUCACAGAACAUAUGCUCUUGAGCCAUCCCUACUGUUCCCUGAGAUAUUGUGCCUUUAUUUGCCAAUAGAAUGUGUGUCCCACAGCUUUGUUUCAGCUCAAGCAGAGACUCCCUGGGAAUCUCUCUUGCAAUUUCUCACUAAAGAAGGAGUUAAAGAACAAGCUUGUUUAAAACAAGCUUGGGGUCACCCCAGUCAUCACCAUUCAUGUCACUCUAUGAGAUACCCUGUUGGUGCAUUUGGCUCAAAACUUCAAAAAAAAGAGGGGGAACCAACCAAACACAUAACAUUUCUACCCCCAUCUUUUUAGCCCCAAAUGGGUCCCUGAGGUGAUGUCCAGAUUUUAAAAUCUCAUUUUUAUUGCAGUUUAAAAAACACAAUACAUAAACAGUAAAACCAGUGCAUGGGAGGGGCAUGAACAACUGGGUCAGUUUAAAAAGAUUUGCCACAGCAGGAGGUUUACAGAUUAAAAUCAAAGCAGAAUUAAAAAAAAUCUAUGUGGCACUCCUCAGACAGUGGCAUAGUAAGUCUGUUUGAGAUGCUUUGUGGGUCUAGUCCAUGUAUCCCAUAUCCAGGUUUCUGAAUACAGCUAGACUACAGUAACAGGUAAUAAGGUUGGAAUUUAGUAAGUGUUGUAAUUAAGUAUGAGUAGAGUUUUGAUAGUGAAAUCCAAGCUAUCAGUAGCCUAUCUUGUCUUAGUGCUACUGAUAAAUAGCUAACUCAUACCCACGGGUGAGCUCUCCACUGUCUUAACUUGGCAUACAACUUAUCAGCAAGUUGAAUUUAUGCCUCUUAAAACAUGGAAAUUUGUUAAAGCCAGAUGCAGACAUAAGCCGUUAAAAAUGCAAAUGCUAAAUUUAUGGUGGUUCAACCCCCAAAGGGAGCUAAAUGCUCUGAGCGUGUUUGGUGUGAAAGUGUCAGCCAGCUGGGGGGUGGGAUGCGAACAUCAGUGUUCUUGCACUUGGACCAUCAUUGAUGCAAUGAAGUUAAAUGGCUCAGCUGCACUAUAAACCUGAACUGUGCGAGUGGGUGGAGACAGGAUAUGGUGCAGAAAGGACGUGCGAAGGAGUAGGUCAGCAGUCUAACCAUAAAACCAGGAUAAGGAAUGCAUCUUCAUCAUUAUAAUAUACUCCGGGGUGCCACAAAAAGCAAAGCAGCGGUUUUGGUCCUUAAGACGUAAUCCAAAACACUGCUGGGGUAAUACGUUUCUUAAGCCAACCAAAAUGUCACAAGAUAGUGUGGUAAGCUUUCGAGUUCUCCAGAACCCUUCAUCAGGGCGACAAAAAUGGAGGAAGCUAGUGAUAAAGGUUGCAACUGGACUUUCAAUUGAGGCUAUGAUAUGGAGGCUUCAGGUUGUACCAAGGCCUACUAGGAGAGAGAAAAAUAAAAUGGCUAAUUUCUCAUUUCUGAAAAUACAAAAGCCAAGUGCUGCCCUGGUCUAUCUCCUUACCUAGGCAAAACUACAAUGGUGUCCUGAUAGGCAGAAGUUAUCAAUCUUCCUUUUAUUUGAAUUACAAUGGGGGUUGUUCCAAAGGCAUAAGAACCUAACAUAAGAAUCAUUUGCAAGUGGGUAGCUCUGAUGUCCAGAUCUAGGACCUACAUUUUAAGAUGUGUAGCUCCUCUCAAGCACAUGCGCACUACAGACAUACUAGAACAAGGACUUGGGAGCCUGGUGCCCAUCAUAUGUUGCUGGACUACAACUCCAGUCAUCCCUGACAUUGGCCAUCUUGGCUCGGUCUCCUGGGAGUUGGAGUCCAACAAUACCUGGAAGGUUAAAGGUUCCAUAUUCCAGUAUUGGAACCUUUAAAUUGAGCUAUAAGAUGAAGAGGUCUGUAGCACUGAAUUUUUGCCCCUACACAAAAGUACAAUUCCCAGGAUUUGAGGGUGGAGUGGUUUCCUCCAUGGUAAUUCAAACUGUGGAAUUAACGUAUAGGCAUACACUGUCCCUUCUCUAUCCCAUUUUUCUUUCUUUUUUAAAUAAUUGUUGCAGGACCCACUUUAGGUGAAGGGAUUUCUGGGUCAUUAAUAAAUUGUGCACACUGGUCUUUUGAAUAUUUACUUGGAAAUAAAUUGCACUAAGUUGAGUGGGACUUACUUCCACAUAAAAACAGAGACCUGGGGUUCCUUCAAUGUUAAGACAUUUGUUAGUUUUUUAAGGUGCUACAAAAUGAAAGUUAGUCUUGUAACAGACCUAUUAUGGCUUCCCCUCUGUUUUUAUUUGGUCAGGACCAGAGACUGAAGUAGGUUUUUAUUUUGUUUACUGACAAGCAUUAAUAGAGUCCAGGGUGGCGGCUUGUAACAGAAUAAAACUAUAAAAAUAAAAUAAAUGUAAAUCCUGUAAGACAUUGAAACAAUUUAAAACCGGCUGGUUAGUCACAUCUAAGUACAUGCACAUAGCAGUCUCAAGGCUUUAGUGUUCAGCACACUUGUAUGGAAACAAGGCCCAUCCAUUUCAAAGGAAUUUAUGUGCAAGUAAAUCUGCUAGGUGUUGACUUCUCUGGCCCUGUAAGAAUGGUUUAAAUCCAGUGCUGACCUGUGAAUCACUUGGCAAGUCUUUCUUGUAUACCGUCUGGCUCUUUACAAACUAGGGGGGGCGGGCCUAGGAUGUGGAGAUCUAUCUUGAGGUUCUGUGCAAGGAAGUUUUCUUGCAGAAACAGGAGCACCUGCUGCUACUUUAUCCCUGCCUCUUAUCUCCUUCAGGCUUCAGGGAGUCUGCUCUAGCUUCUAUAAGAGAUAGGCAAACCACAUCAGCUACUUUGCAGACACUCCAGAGAAGACUAGUCAAGGUAAAAAUGCCUUUCAAAAUAAUAAAGCAUAAAUAAAUAAGGAAGGAAGGCUCUUUACAUGACUUAUUGCACUCCCAAAUUUUAGCACAGCUCCUUUAAUUUGUUCCAUUGUUUGCUUGGGGAUGCAGUUGGAAAACUUCCCCUUGUUUAGGAAUUUUGACUCCCUCCUCCUCGUUUACCUGUAAUAGCAAAAUGGUCAGAAAGGAGGCUUUGCCUCAUUAUGUUUAAGAAUGCAGGGAGAGUUCAGACUUCCAAGUACCGGUAACUAAGGAGGAAAAAAAUGUUCCCCACCUUGACAUUUAAUUGCUAAACUUCAGAAGUGCUGAACCUCUGCUCCUUAACAGUCCAAUAUUGCACUCCAUCUCAUCUAAGUUAACUGCCAAGUCUCUUGCACCAGUGCAAGCCAGUUCCUCUCCUAGCCUCCCAUCUAUUUGCCACUCCACCAUUCACUUUGUAUACUUGGCACUAAUUUGGCCUAGUUUCUGUCAGUGUUCCUGCAACGUCUGUGCUUCCUCCGCGAGCUGUGUUUGCCAUCUUGUCACAUGCCUAGUAGGCCCAGAGAGAGAGCUAGAUCAUUGGUUACAGGUAGGCCCAGAGAGAGAGAUAGAUCAUUGGUUACAGGUAGGGCUGUGUUGUCAGGGCCUCUGCAUUUAGAGGCUGUUGGUGGGGACAGAGCAUGCCAGCGAUAGCAUAUGGGUUAGCGACGUGUGACAGCUGUAGACAGGAUUUAUGCUGGGGGGGGGGGCUGGACACCCACCUGUCACCAUCCUUUGCCUGGCUCUGAGCAGAUUUGGAAUGAAAUGUCUCAACAACGGUUGUUUUAAAUGUCUUUCUUUCGACCCCUUGUGUACUGAAAAAUCUGUUAAUGUGUACUUUUAGUUAAGUGUUUUGAUUUACUUGCUUGAUUUAGAGGGGCAGUUCCCCCCCCCCCCGGCUACGCCCAUGUGUUAAAACCCCAUUUUCUGCUGGAUAUAAAAGGUGAAUUUAGAAGGAACGCCAGCUGUUUCCUUUCGGGGGUUGGUUGGGUUUUUUUUGGGGGGGGGAAGAUAGCGUGCUGCUUUGCUCGGUCGAAUCGCAGCUUGCAUUAAAAAAACCCAAAAACCAACCCUGCAUUUCUCUCGCUCCCGCCUCUACCUUUGGGGCAAGCACACAAAACCCCACCACAACUCGAGAAACCCCCAAGCCGAGCAACCUUGCAUAGGAGCCUUACCAGCACAAGUCUAUGGGGACCGUCUUAAGCAAACCUGCAGGAAGAGGAGGAAGAGGUCGCGCGCUGCGUGCAAGAAGCCCGAAGCCUCCCCAUUGGCCCUCCGUUCUGUGCACGGCGAGCGGGCAGAGGGGGCGGUCCCGUGGGCGUGGUCUUUUACCGGGGACCCCGCCCAACCCAACUCCGGUGGCCAAUGACCGGCAUCCGCCGUGCGGCGUCCCGCCCCUAGCGCGUUGAAAAGGGGACCCCGUGCCAGGGGCGUCCCGCGGGCGGCUCAGUCGCGGCGGCGAAGGCGGCGAGAGAGGGUCUGCAGCCGGGCGCUCGAGAAGCUGCUGGCGCGGCCACCUCGCCCGCGGAGCUUGGAAGGUGGCGGGGUUGGUCCAUGGCGGCAGGCACCUCCUCGUGUUGCCGGGGCGGGCUGCAGCCGCUCAGGGCCACCGUCCCCUUCCAGCUGCAGCACCGUCGAGGCGGAGAUGGGGGCCGGGCAGGUAACUGGGGGGGGGGCGGGGGCGUCCGUUAAACGAGACCUGGCUAGGCCUAACUACAUGGUGGGGGGGGGGACAGGGUAGGUAGCCGCCUGAGGGGGCAGCAGGUUAGGGGCCGUAGGUGGGCAAGCAAGCAAGCAAGCAAACAGCGAGGAAGGGGAAUAAAACCGGUAAGUUCGAGGUGUGGGGUGGGGGGGGGUAGAAAGUGUUUGAGGGCUGUUGGGGGGCUGAGCAGCUGGGUGGGGUGCAGUAGAGAGGGGGAAGUAAGGUGGGGGAGCCAUGUUGGAGAAGGGGCUGCAUGAGGACAAGUCAUGGGUUCGGGGAUGGGGGGGCUGAGAAAGCAAUGGGUGCACGUUGCUAUUAAAAUAAUGUGCAAAGAAGGCGAGGGGGGUUGAGGUAGUUUCUGAGAUAGUCGAGCAAUUAUUAAAUUUGUAUGCUGCCCUUCAUUUGAGGGCGAUUGGUCUGUGGAGUUGAAGGGGCAAAGGUUAAGUCGAGGGGGCGUAGGGUGUGAAUAAUGAGGGGACCCCCCUCCCCCCAGUUUACAGCUGACAAUAAGCUUAUUAAGCAUGAUUGAGUUCAGGCAAUCUGCAGGGACCCAAGUUGCUGGGUUGAACAGGCAGCAAAAACUCCAGGAGAGAUUCUCCUAUCAAGAAACUGUAAUGUAAUGCAUGUUGGGAUGAACCAACACAUACACCCCUCAUAAAAUCCUGCCUACAUAUUAUACUCUUGGUGCGUGGGUUGGCUGUGUCCACACCAAAAAGGGAUCUUUGGGAGCCUGGUGGAAAGCUCCCCUGAAAAAGGCCUACGCUUUGAGUGCUGGAGAAAGCUAAAACAACACAACGUUGGAGAUUAAUAGGCUGCAAGUAUCAUUGUUGCCAUAUGAUGUGGCCACGCUUUGGAAUGCAGCCAGAGUUGUAUUAUUUUGAAGGGGAAAAAGGGACCUUGCACAGCUGAAAGAAGGCUCGGAAAAGAGCAGUUUAAAAUGAAGUGGGUGUGGAGGAAGAAGGUGGGCGGUGCUGUUUUGGGGGGUGGGGGUGUUCCCUGGAGCUGCUUGCACUGCAGGCUGGAGCUCUGCUUGUGGCCCAAGUUAGGAUGCCUAUUUGAGAGAAGGUAUGAAAAUACGUAUAUACGGUGAAGAAAUGGGAUGGGCAAAUGUUGGAUGGGAGCAUAGAAGAAAAAAAAGGGUCAGCUUCCAGAGGGGGAGCCAUAGUAGCCUGCUGCAACAAAAACAAGAGUUGUGGCAUCUUUUUUUUAGAGGACUAAUAAUUGAUGCAGGUGCUGCAGGUGGAACCAAGCAGGUUCAGGGCUCGGAGGGAAUAUUUAGUGACUUUACUGGGCUGUGAAAAUGGAGGCUGCUUGAACAGGUGGGGAUUUGUAAAAACAUUUGCAAAUGGUCUUGGAACAGAGGAAGCUAUAGGGCAGGUCAAACAGUGGGUGUGGAAAAGUUAGGCCGAGAUCAGUGAAGAGCAGUAGCAGCUGAGGGCUUCUCUGUUGUGAAAUGGUGGGAGCAGCAAGCACCUGGGGAGGUAUAUGGAAGUAAUGGGGGCAGCAGUAGCAGGGUGUUCUGCUUUGUAUUCGGUGUACUUUGCUAUGAUAAAUGGCUAAGGAACAUGGUAGGAGCUUAAUGUAGGUAGGACAGGAGAAGGAUUUAGUCUGGGGAAAUGGGGGGGGGCAGGACAGAACUUGGACAGAGAUGGGGAGUAGUGAUGCCCCAUUACAGUGGUGCCUCGCAAGACGAAAUUAAUCCGUUCCACGAGAGUCUUCGUCUAGCGGUUUUUUCGUCUUGCGAAGCAAGCCCAUUGUCGGAUUAGCGCUAUUAGCGGUUUAGCGGCUAUUAAAGGCUUAAAGGCUUAGGGAUUAGCUGCUAACAGACUAUUACACGCCAUUACAGGCGUAGCAGAUUAGAUACAGGGGGGGGAAAAGCGAAAAAAAAAACUCAAGACUCGCAAGGUAUUUUCGUCUUGCGAAGCAAGCCCAUAGGGAAAUUCGUCCUGCGAAGCAACUUCAAAACGGAAAACCCUUUCGUCUAGCGGUUUUUCCGUCUUGCGAGGCAUUCGUCUUGCGGGGCACCACUGUAUAGUACUCUUUUCCCUCUCUGCUGCACUUUGAUUCCAUUGCUGUGAUAUACUACCACCUCCUUUCUCUGCAGGGUUUUUUUUUGGGGGGGGGGAGGCAACUGUAUCUGGGUCAUCUUGAUUUAGCACCAGCCAGUUCGUGGCCAAUGUUCCUUUGCAGACAAAAUGGUUAGCCUAUCCAGGUGAUCCUGUACAUAACAGCAAAAAGCAGGAGCUAAAGCUGUCGGCGCAUUUGCAUGAUGGAUCGAUCAGAAGUUGGAAACCGAGAUAAGGAUGUGCCUGUGCCUGUGGCAGCCUCAGUCUCUUGCUGUUCCCCUCCUCUAAAUUCUUCUCUAGGGCGUAUAGACGCUCUGUGUUUGUGCUUUGGGAAGCUGGGCUUCUCUUAUUCUGUGGGGAGCUUGGCUUGGCUUACUGAUCUUCCUUUACUGCUCUUGUGGUUUGCUUGACUUACUGUUUUAAAGAAUAGAAAGCCAUGCCUGUUUAAUCUUCGGGUGAGUACCUAGUGCCAGAUCAUAUGUACCUGUUGCAGUUCAUACGUACCUAACACCUUAUGCAAGCUCCCUUAAGGAGGGAGACUAAACUGUGAAAAUAAAGCAUUAACAGUUGUCCGUUCAGAUUGUAUUCUUGCAGGAAUAUAUGUGUUUUUCCAGGCCUAUCCCAAAGAGUACGCCAAAACACUUCAUAGUGCUGUUGUUUUUUAUAAGUUGAGGAAACAGUGCAUUUUGAGUGAAGUUCUUUCAGGGAGUUUUGGUUUGAUCUAGUAGCUGAGGCUCUGCAAGGCUGUAUUAGCUGUCACAUCAAACCAUUGAUCCAGCUUUUGGAUGCUUUUUUUUUAACUUUGCAGUUAUCUCUAGCAGUAAGAAAUGUCAGUGAAGGUGGAUCUGAUCACAACAGAGUUGCCUUAAAACAGGUUGCCUUUUGACCAGUUUGGUGGAUGUGCAUCUUAUUGGAGAAACUGCUAAACUCUUUAUUUUGUUUUAUGAUGUUGGGGGGAAUUAAUAACACUGGGCUGCUAGCUUAUAGAAGCCUGUCUAUUCUUGCUCCAUGUGCAGCUUAUGACAACUUACUAAACUCCCCCAGGCAGCACACAGCAAGUCAGGAUGCUCUGAGGUCAGCAGCUGUCCCAUCAUUAGUAGACAAAUGCAUUAUUUUCAGUUGCCAAAGACAGGACCACAAUGAAAUCAGUAGAGUGCAAUGUUAUGGCCAAACUCCAUAAGAAAUUGCCCCAAUUUCUGGCUUAGCUGCUCUCCAUUAAAUUCAUAAUAAGUGUACCUUUAUAUCUAUUAGUGUAUUGAUGCCAAUGUUUUCCUUUGAAAAUAUUGAAACCCAUCCUAAUAAGAUGUUUGAUUAGUAAAAAAAGGAUAGCAUUCUUCCAUUUCCCCUUUUGAAAUGAGCGUAUCUUUUUUACUUUGUGAAUCACCUAAAGGAGCGAAUGGUGAGAUCUGAACUGAAGGAAUUGAAUUCCAGUGUUAAAAAGUAAGGCUGUGUGUGCUGUGGGACAAGACUGAAUACCGGUAACUCCUUAGUGCCUUAUUUUGAGCAGCUGACACACAUCACAGCCAUGAUCUCUCUGUCCUAGCAAGGGGGUGUUCUGUAAAAACACCCUCUGUUCCCUAGUAAUUCCUUUCAGACCCUGCAUUACACACAUAGAGAAACUCUUCCUAGAGAGAAAGUAUUUCCCCCUCUGGUGGACAAAGGCAUCCUGGCGACCCUCAUGUAACAACAUUCCUAUCAGCAAAAUGGCUGGAGUUCAGGGCAUGUGUUUGUCAGCUCAAAGGGGAAUACAGAAGUGUAGAUUUCACUUGUGUUUUGUGUACAUCAUACAAGCUGAGUGUGUUUAAAUAAGGAACUGAGAGCUCAGGGUCAGAUGAUUCUUGAUGCCAGGAGAUUUGAGUGUUUGCACCCAGAUAUGCAGAAACCCACAAAAGCGAAGCGGGGCGGGAGAGGUUACUACUUGAGAAGCAAAAAGGAUAUGCAGUGGAGAUAUUGCAUUCCUGCUUUGCUCUUUAAAUUGCCCCCCUCCCACGCACAUGCACGUUUCUGCAAGAUCGUGGCAGAUCCAAGUUUAAACACACACCUGCUUCUGUUUUCUAUUACCAGCGCAACAAAUGGAAAACGGAGAAUUGCUCCAGAGAUCCACACAGAUCCCACAAGGCAUUAGCAGCGUUGUAAGAUUUAGAUCCCCUCAAGGCUGCUUAUCAAAAUUAGGAGGCUGGGAAAUGCCAUCUGUUUUCAGUGAGACCUGAUCCCUUAGAUCCCAUUUUCUCUUUCAUUAUCCAGUUCCGACUCUGGUACUAGUUAGGACCGAGGUGUGUUUUUUGUGUUCCAUUUUUUUUAAAUACUACCCCUGUUACCAGAGGGCCUUGACAAAUGACUCCCAUUUGCAGAAAGUAGUUAUUGCCGUGCCAGGGAAAGUACACGCAGUGCCUUGGAGGCAUGCGAAUUUAUAUUUCAGGCUGAGUGGGUAGAAUGAAAGGAAUACGAGAUGGCAAGGCAGGUAAUAGGCUCGCAUGAAGAGGUGGUUGGGUUCUCCUCCCUCCCCCCAAAGGAGCUCUCAGCCUGCUUUGCAUAGCAUGUGUGUGCUCAUGGCACCUGGGCAGAGGUGGUGGAUGGAGCAGAAUUAAUAAUAUCAAAAAUCUUCCCUGUGGUGGUGCAUACAGUGGGCACAGCCUGUGCUUUUUCUUUCUGUUUGGGGCAAAGGGAAGUGGGCGUGAGAAAAAUCCCCUUGACAUCCGCCACCAAGCUGCUCUGCCGCCACCCUGCCUUCCUCAGCCUUAGGAAGCCUGCGGCGGGUGGCUACAGAGAAAGCACAUUCACCCUGCAGCCCCUUGUGUCACAGCUCCUGCAGAAAUGAUGAGCUAGCUCUGAGCUCAUCAUUCUGCCUCCUUGGUUACACACGUGUUGGAUGACACAGUUGAGCCUUACACACUAUGUGAAAACGAUUCUUCCGGCUUCUGUUCAAACUCUGGCAGCUAGCCCCCAAUCCUGGUGCUCGCACAACCCUGGCAACGGGCCCAGAAGCACUAAAAUAUUGUAAGGUUGUGGUGGUAGUGGUUAUUCCCUCGGUUAGGUGGUUAGCAAUCCUAAAGUUAUUGAGGAGCACAAGAAUGGAAAGGAGGAAGAGGAAACCUCAGUCCUGUUUUCAUUUGGAGAUGGUUGGCAGUGGAAUCGUGGGAGGAUUAUCACCAGUGUUGCAACCAGUGUUUGCUUAAGGUGCCAAAUGGCUCCUUAAACUAGGGUUACAGUCGCCAGAAUGGAAUGUCUAGUUGCAAUUUUUGGGGUCAGGCGGCUCGAAAGUCACAUUUUUCAAUAUGGCUCUUUGGCACCUGGAAUUCUGAUUGUGCAGACAAAAUAUAGCAGAAUUCUUCUACAGGGUGUGCUGCUAGUGUGUGAAAACGGUCACGAUCCAAGGAUCCCUUGGCAUGCGCCUCCAGAUGGAGACGUCGGUCACCGUCCUGGCACCCAGGCAUCUUCACUUGGCCUCAAGUGGCUGAUUGGCAGGUGCAAAAUGCACCUGGUAAAUUUUGAACGCUGGAUGCACAUGAACAGAAAAGCGGCUACCAAGAGAAGGCAGGUAGCAGUGGAAGGACUGUUGCUGGCUGGAGAUGGAUAGCAACCUUAGAUUCCCCAGCCUUGCUCUGCUGCACCUGGAAAACAACACCACCAGCCCUGCCCAUCAAGAGCAAGAACCCGGCCACUCCCAUAGCUUGAGCCUGCUCAUUUGGAAACACAGCAGGCUGCUGUCAGUGGGGCAACCCCAAAAGGUAAGAGACUGUCCCUUUGGGUUGCUCCUUCGUGGAGUGAUUUGUUGUAGAUGGACUUACUGAGACAUUGGACCAGCUAGGAUGGGGAUAUGAGUUAACUUGGCUGCUAAGUGAGAGGUGGAAUGCUCUGUAGCUCUGUCUGUGUGGCUGGUAGGUGCUUUGUGGUUUUGUUGUUUAAUAGUGUUGCGAUUAACCUGUAUUCAUAGGUUGAACCCUUGAACCAAAAAAGCAGCAGGUAAAUAAACUGUAGAAUAACAAGUUGGCCCCAAGGAAGACAAGAUCCACUAUGAUUUGAUAACAGUUCUUGCCACAGAACUGCAUCACCCGGCUCGAGUUUUUUUCAUAUCACAUGUUUCAACAGGCGCUAAAAGGUUUAUCACGGAGGCAAGAGCGAAGUAAGGAAAGUACAAAUGUACAUUUGUAUCUGGCAAUCAAAUCCAUGCACAAUAGGUAAGUAUUGUCAGUUAUGUUCUAUUAUCGCAGGGCAAACAACUCAACGUUAUGUAAGCCCUGUUGAGUCACCUUUUCGUUUCGUUUUCUUAUUUACCUCUUCUUAAAACGAUCACCCCAUCUUCAUUAAUACAGUAUCCUGCAAACACAACCGCAACAGAGGGUUGUUACCAUCUUCUAACCCAUCAAGACACUGGCUGGAAUAUAUUGGAGCAAAAGUAGAAGGAGGCAAGUUAUUCUCUCCUUUAAAAAAGAGAAAGGCUUUCAGCCAAAGUUUUCAUAUUGUGUGUGUGUGUGUGUGUGUGUGUGUGUUUUACCACCUAGGAAAUUCAGCUGUUCGCGCCUCUUUCCACCAACGGCUCAUGCCACCUCGUUUUAUUUAAGACAUAUGCACCGCUUUCUGCUAUAAAUAGUACAAAAGGCUGCUUGCAAAUACCAAGGAUAAAAAUGGUGCCUGAUGCCUAUGUGAAAUAUUCCCUCCUUGGUACCUUCUCUUCAGCCUCUCUGGGCCAGGCGGUUCCCCUGUCCCUGUGCUUUGAGGGAGGUUGCUCCAGAGAACUUGAGAGCAGAAUGCUCUGCAGUUACCAGAUGCCCAUCGCCAGAUGACAAACGCAUCUCUUCAGCUGCCAAAAGCCCUGAACCAUAAUAAAAUCAGUGGAGUUCUACAUUAGGGCCAGAUUAUAGAGGAGCAACUCCGGGGUUUGGCACAAUUAUGGCCUGGCUGCAGCAUCAAACGGUUAAUAUGCCCAUCUUCCCUAAUAUGCCGAGACACUUUCUCUCCCCCCCCCCAAACCCCUUCAGUUGAUCUUCCAAUUCACUUUCAGCAGGAGUGUUGAUUUCAGCAUUGCAUGGUGGUCUCUUUCUCUCUUACUCCACAAUUAGGAUGUUUAUGAACGGUUUUUUAGCAUUGCAGCAAGCUCAGUCGUGGCUGAGGGCCAGGCAACAAGUUUUUGAUGGUUAUAUAUGAGGUCUGGUGGCUGCCAUUGCAGUCUCUCGAUCCAUACAGUUGCUGGGACUUGUCCCUUCAAGAGAAGAAGCAUAGGUCCAGAGUGUGACCCACUGGCACCUCCACCGUGCAUCUGGCAUCGCGGCUGCAGGAUAGGGGCCAGUCGUAGGGUGUAGCCUCCUUUGGCUGAUUAUAAAAUGCAUUUGGGGCUGGGGUGGAGGGGGCAGAAGAAUCCCCUACUGCUGCUUGCCUAGGGCCUCCUUGGGUGCAAAGUAGGCAGCAGUGGUACAAAGUGCUGUAGGUGAGCAGGCCAAGAAUGCUAGCACUCAUGCAACAGAGCUGCACCCACAGUGCUGCCCUGCAUGCAGUGUGUCUGCGCUCCCGGGUGGGAAGGUUUCAUUGUCUCCAUAAGCAGCCUUAACACACUGUGGUACUGGGAUUGGGGGGCCCAACUGCAUGUUUCUUGCAAACACAACAAAAGGCAGGCGGAGGUUCUCCCUCCAUCUCACAGAAGCAGGAAGAGUUGGAAUGAUGUAUUGGAGGACAGAUGCCCUUAACCUUUCUGUGCAUACACCACUUUACUGCUAAGUCCCCCUCGGCUCCUUUGGGUGUCUGUGUUUGAAAUUAGCCAGGAGCCAGGGGCAUUUUGCACCUGACUGCCACUUGUGAAGAUCUCUGGGCACCAGGAUGACGCCUGGCAUCUCCACCAUCUGGAGGUGCAUGUCUGGAGAUAACUGGAUCUGGACUGUUUUCACACACUAAUAGCCCAUCCUGUAGAAUUCUUUCAGUUAUAUUUUAUUUGCACAAUCGGAAUGAAUUUCAGGAACCAGAAUGCUCUUUCUGUGCAGCCUGAGCAGGAGCAGUGCACAACCUUACAGUUCAUUGUUGCAGCUUGUCUUCACUUACCCCACCCUACUACCCUGCUCAGUUGUGAAGAAUAUUCUAACAUUCUGAAUGGUCUGUGUCACCAUUAAGGGGGAAAAAACCCCCAGAAGAAAUAGGAUGAUAUAUAUUUGGACUGUCCCCAGAUAAAGUUCUCAACCCAGCUCAAGGUUGUCAUCUGAACUAGCAAGAUGUUUAACUGAGAAUCAAUCACAGCCAGUCCGUCAUUUGAAAAAUAAGACUUGAGUUCUUGUGCCCCCAAAAUGGCAACUAGACAUUCUGUUUUGGCAACUGCAAGCUCUGUUUAAGGAGCGAUUUGGCCCCUAGCUUUUAUAUUGUAUCUGAGUUUUUAAUACUAUGGAAGAAAAACUACGUUUCAGGGCAGGGUAAUUUAAAUUGAAGUAGUAGUGGGUGGUUAUUUCCCCCUAGGGAUCUCCACUGGCAUGCUCCCAUAAGAUGCACAUGUGUCUAGCAUCAGUGGGGGGAAUCCAGAUGUUGCUGAACUGCAUCUCUCAGCACCCCAGGCCUUGCUGGUGGGGGCUGAUGGGAGUUGGAGUCCAGCAGCAUCUGGAGGACGACGGACUCCCCACUCCUGGUGUAGCAUGUCGUUCUGCUCCUGGCCUCUUCUUCAAGAGCAAAGUUACUCUUUCUUUACCCAUUAGAUAUCUAAACAUGAAACAGACGGGCAGGGUGUGGCAGUGGCAGCUGCCUGUUGCUGGUGCAUUUGAUUCCGAGAAGGCACUUAAUUGUGGAGUGGAUGCUAACGAAAGCCAUGAUUUCAGUCCUGGUCUCGUUCUCUUACCAAGCUGGAAAAUGUGAUGCUUGCUUCGGUCUAAGUUGAGUAAAACUGCCGUGUGAGCCACCAGCUAAUUCCUCUCAGUUCUGUAAACUGGGGGGAAUCUCAUGUCAACUUUUCCUGCGUUUGAGGUCCAAGUUGCUCGUUUCUAUGCCUUUAGUACCCUCUCGUGUAUCGUGGUGGGGUGGGGGGAGCCAAGCAGUCUUGCCUGGCAUCAUCGCUGCACAGAUGGCUUAAAUCUGGCAUUCUGACAGCCUUUAAAUGCAGAGCUGAGAUCCUGAUGGGGCAUUUGUGCCGGAACAGUAGAGAUUAGUCACCGCUUAAUGGAAACAGUUCUGUGGAAGCUGACAUACAAACUGCUAACAUAGGUUGUGCUUCUGAGCAGACAGGAUCUUGCUAGUCUUGGUAGAGGAGGAUGCACUUUGCAGGUAGUGUGCUUGAGAGUUAUCCUUCUCUGCCCCACCCCAAGAACCUCACCCCAGGGGGAUGCUGUUGGCAUAGUUUAUUCUCCCCAUUAAAGGUGCUUAUGUCUCGAGCUUCUCCGUCCAGUAAUAACUGGACGUGGGUGGUGGGCUGUGGCUCCUCAAGAAGACCUCUGCACAUGUUCAGAAAGUAGGCAUUCCAAAGUGCAUUGCCAACCUUAGUCCUCUUGACCUCCACUCUUAAGUGUAAGCCCUGGCUGGUGAAUUUUACCAAUUGCUUCCUUUAAUGUACUGUUCUCUCUCUCUUUCUCUGCUGAAGCACUCAAGGCUUUGAAAUAAUGGACAGCAAGCUCAGAGGCAUGUCACAAGAGGGGCAUAAGGAAAUCCAGGCACCAGCUUUUCCAUAACAUUACCAUGUUUCUUGCUGGAGACUGGCUGGUUGGCCACUAUGAGAACAGGACGCCGGACUAAAUGACUCAUUCGCCAGAUGCAGCAGGCUCUUCCUGUGUUCUUAAAAGCCCAGAGUGAAUGGCAGCUGGUCCCUGCAUUGAUCUGACAUUGUGGGUCCUGGCUAUCUCAUCCCUUUUGCUGAUUUAGCCGGGUGCAGUUGCAGUUUGGUGGAAUCAUUUCUAAGAGGGGGAGAAUCCAAAUGACUGUUGGACCCAGGCAAACCAAUGGAGGGUGGUGGAAGAAGCACCACUGUUUUCUCCAUGCUGCUUUUGGCUCCAGGAGAGCUGUUGGGGACGGUGUGGUCACCUAGGGUUUCCCCCUGUGUGCCCAGUGAUCAUUCUUGCUUGCCGCAGUUUGGGCCAUUCAGUGCCGCUAUCUGGAGGAGAGAAGGCUGCUUCUGCCUCCUUCCCACCCGUCCAGUGCCAGAACUCUGGAUUUCUGGGAGCAAAAUGGAAUCGGUGGGAGUAGUUUGGGCCAGAAGACUCGAGGCUUCUGCCCAGAGAUUGUCUAGGCAGUUAAAACGGAGCAGCAGAAUCUACUGGUCCCUGCUUGCUAAUCGGCUGAUAAGAAAGUAGGUUAUGGAAACUAGCAAAGCAGAGGCUUCGGAACAGACAUGAGCGGUAGUUGGCAGUCAUCCCCUUCUCAACCAGGGCAAAGGGAGCAUUUCUCUCUGGCUUGCAGCACAUUGUGGUGAUAUUUCACUUUUCAGGAACUUGCUGUUACAAAAAACUGAGGUGACUCAUCCAUCUGACGCUGGGGGUUUUCAUUGGAACUUCUCCGCCAAAUAGUUUCCUUGCAGCCUAGGUGAAGUGCACCAGUCCAAGAGCAGAGAGGGAAACCACUGUGAAACUUUCGCCUUUUUUUUGGGAAGCACCUGGCAUGUUGGCUAGUUAGGAUGUGUGUGUGUGUGUGUGUGUGUGUGUGUGUGUGUAUAGGGUGGGGGUUGCUGGUUGGUUAGUUGGUUGGUCAGUCGUGAUGCUGCUUGCCAAAUAGAGCAAACUGGGCGUAUUCUUGGCUGGGUGGAAAUGUUUGGAUGCCGAAGGACAAAAAUUCCACUUUGCGUCGUCUGUGUGGGUGGAUGGAGCUGAUGGAAGAGAGCUUUUAUAUUGCGAACAACUGCUGGCUCUUCUCCUGCCUAGCAAAGAAUGGAAAAUAAGAGUGUCUCUACUAUGAGCUGGAUGUUUUAGCUACUGGGCCUAGUGGAACUGUAAGCAGUAGGAUACGUGCCUGGGUGGAGGGGAGAACCCAGAGCAGGCUUACCCAAACUUGGGUCUCCAGCUGUUUUCCAACUACAAUCAUCCCUGACCCACUGGUCUUGCCAGGUAGGGGAGUUGUAGUCCAAAAACAGCUGGAGAGACAAGUUUGGGAAACACUGAUCUAGAGUAUCUUCCUACCCCCACCCCCCAAAAAAACUGGUGCUCUCCUAUUAGCCUUGACUAUUGCCCACGCUGUUGGGAGCUCAAAUUGCCUGGAGGGCACCAAGGCUGGCAUAGAGUUGGCAGUAUCAAUUUUCCUGAGUUUCAACAGUGUCCAGAGUCUGGGUCUGUUUACUACCGCUUCCUUGUUGCAGCCAGGCUGCUCACAAUAAUAAUAGGCUCCAUCUGUGCUAUAUAUACAUUGAAAGCAGUAGCACACCGCUUUAAACAGCCAUGGUUUGCUCCAAGGAAUCCUGGGAAUGGUAGUUUGUUAAGGCUGCUGACUGUUGUUAGGAUCCGCCCCCCCCCCUUUCCUCUCUGAGCUACAAUUCUCAAGAGCGGUAGUUAACAAUCAAUCCCUCUUCCUAGGGAACUCUGGGAAUUGUGGUUCUGCGAGGGGGAACAGGGGUCGUCUAACAACUCCCAACAACAUCCUUAGAAGGCUAUGGCUCCCAUGACUCUUUUGGGGAAGUCCAUGUCUUUUAAAGGGGUGUGGUGCUGCUUAUAUAAAUGUGUAGUGCAGAUGGGGAUCUAAAUGUUUCCUUUGCUGCGGGUGUUGAAGAUUUGUGGUGCUCGUUUUGUGGUGGUUCUGAAAGAACUUCUCUACACGGGAAGUUUCCGUGGAAUGUUAAUACUUUCUUUGGGUCAUUGCUAGGUUGCUGUUUUUCCUUGUGCUACUCUCGUCAGAAGGUUUUGCUUGUCAGAAGGUUUUGCACUGCGACUUGGGGCUAUUGCUGCCUGUGCCUCCCUGCAGAAUGCAGUGCAUAAUAAUAAUAAUAAUAAUAAUAAUAAUAAUAAUAAUAGCAAAGUUCUUGGGUGCUAUCAACAAAAGCUGCAUAAUUCUUCUGUUGUUUUUAUCCUAAUAACUCUCGGCCAGAAGAAACUCAAAAGUGGCUAACAGUUAAAACAUACAAUGCUUUCGAACUACUGUAGAAAGAUGACCUGGUCAUACUUGGCAACUUGUGCUAUAUUUGGCAGCUCCCCUAAGGCUACUAAUAAUUGUGGUUGUACCUUGUAUGUGUACUCUUGUCUUAGUGUAGCUAGUGUCCACAACCUAUUUUAUGACUUGUGGUUGUUGUAGUAAUUUGCAGCUUUUAUUUUGCACUCAUGGUUUUGGUUUAAACAAUCGCGCUAUGAGAAAAGGGCAACCCGCAGUUGCGUACUGCAAUAAAUGGAAACCACAGUGGCAGCGCUUGUCAGAUCAUCCAAAGGUUGUGAGGCCUGCCUAGGCAGAAGCGUUGAGCAGUUUCUCAGCCAUUCCAACUGCUUUAGGCUGAUGGGUCUUGCAAGGAGAAAGGUCUUCCAGGCUACAAAAAUGUUGCUUCUGUUUAAGGUUUCUUUUCAUAUGCAACGUGCAUUCAUACCGGUGUAUGCUUAGCUGCACGUAUAAGUAUGAUGUAAGAAUGCCUGAGCACAUGGUAAACUUAUGGAACCAGACCACACAUGAGACAUUUGGUUUUUGCAGCAGCAUGAAACACUUCCAGCACUCAGACCACUGUCUGGAGAAGAGUGGUGCAUGCACACCCACACUCGGAGAACUCAGCUACCCAUGCAUUAAUUCAAAGAGAAUAUUUUAUUGCAGUGUUGUUGGUUGGACUACAACUCCCAUCAUCCCUAGCUAGCAGGACCCCAGCGGUCAGGGAUGAUUGGAGUUGUAGUCCAACAGCAGCUGGAGACCCAAGUUUGAGAAACACAGUUUUAUUAUUAAAUUUCUACCUCACCCUUCCAGGAAAAAUGGGGAGUUCUUUCCAGCAUUGGGGUCAAGCUGAGAUGAGUAGCAGCAGCAGUUCAGAUACCUGCUGUACCGCUAGUGAAAAACAGUGCAGAAGUCGAGCGGAGAAGGUAAUGUGGGACUCCCGUUAGCUCCUGUGGCUCUGGUUGUAUUGUACGCAACAGUAUUAUAUUCCAUUGUGUGCAUUGAUCGUACGUAAUCAGCCCACUGAAUUCUAUCCAGAUGUUUUAUUUCUGACCCUCUGCAUCUUGCAGUCGUAUGAACUAGGAAGGGACUGUUGCAUGCGUUCCUGAGAGCCAAUGCAGCUGAGUAUUGGGGGGGGGGCGAGGAAGGAGCAGAACCCCCUUUUUUGCCUCCUUUCCAAAAUACUGAUUCCCUGCCCCCCACCUUCCUUCAGUGUGUAAAACAAGACUAGGUAAUUAAAAAGGAGCUGUCCCAGACGGAGGAGCCGAAGAAGUGAGGCAGCUGCCAGACUGGUGGUCCGAGAUAGUGCCGGUUCCAUUUAUCUCCGAGCUGUUCUGUUCUGGACGUCCGUCCCCCCCACUCCCCAGAUCAGAGAUGCUCAGCUAGCGAUGGGAGUCUAGAAUAUGCAGCCAGGUGUGGCUGGGCUGAACCCAGCCUAAUGGACGAGGCUGAUAAUAGAGCUGUGCUGUAAACAGGACACCCCACCCUGCCUCUGCUUCUCUCGCAUGCCAUCUUUGUCUUGCAGCGAGCAUUGUUUUGCUCCCUCUGGUGUAUUUUUAGGUCGUGCUGCUUUGACGGGAGCUGAGAAGUGCUCCCAGGCCAGCUGUUGGGACUGCAAUCUUUCUUGGCUCUUCUCUCUCUGUCUGUCUGCGCAGCCACUGAUUUCACAGGUGCCUUCAGCGUGGCAGGGCCUAUCAGGUGCGAGUUAUAUGGGGGGGGGGGUUACCAGCCGACCACCCCAACCCUGGGAUCGUGAGUUUGUGCAGACUGCCUUUUCACCACUGAGCGGCCACAUCUCUAGGGUUAAAGGGCAGAGUUUUCGGGCUGCUGAACCAGCCUUCCUAGCUGGCUUGCGACUGCUCUGAAACGGAGUGCGCAUUGCAUGCGCCUCAAAUAGAGCCUGCCUGAUGCUCAGUCAACAACCGGUGGAGGGGGUGCCUUAAAUAGCUGCUAAACUGCUGUGAGUCAGGAGCUCUGAAUCUGAGCUGCCAGAGAUCUCUCCUUGGCAGCGUACCAGGAGGUCCCGGCUUUGGUUAUUACGAGUGCAUAUUAAUUUACUUGUAAAUGAAAAAGCAAACAAUCUCCAGCCUUGGGGCUUGGGUUGGCAUUUCUCUUUUGCUUUAAACGCGGUAGCUGGGAGCGUGAUAGCUGAGAGUGAGCUGGGAGCCAGGAAAUCGUCACUUCAGAGCUCUCCGGCUCAAACCACAAAUUUGCGGGUGGCUCUGUGCCACUUGGUCUGUGUCAGCGCUUCCACACCCCCCCAAAGUACAUCGAUAACGCAGGCGUGUGCUGUGGGAGGGGCUGUAGAGUUUGCUACGAUAAUGUGUUGUGAAGUGGUUAGAUAUUCCAUAAAUCUGAAGUAUUACAAUGCGGUUCUUGGGGCCUUUGCAGCUCAUGAUAACAGCGUUUUCAUUUCUUCUCCCUAAUCAGGCUAGUACCAGUUACUUGCCAAUAGCCCAGUAUUCUGCUGCUGCUGCUGCUGCUAUUACUACUAAAGUGGGGAGGGUGAAAACUUUGAUGCAAGGGGUUGGCUGCUGCCCCCCUUUUUGCUUUACGAAAGAAACUGGUUGGGUGAGAGAAGGAAGCAUGCACUCUGUGCCGGCAAGCCAGGGGGUGUCUAGCCUUUAAAAAGCUAAAUAUGAAAAAGCAACCCCCAAGAAAUGGGGAAGCUGGACAGAGCAGGGCAAUAACAUACCCUGGAUGCAGUGUUCGAAACUCCCAUUGUUCUAGGCCAGGGGUCAGCAAACUUUUUCAGCAGGUCCGCUGUCCCUCAGACCUUGUUGGGGGCAGGACUAUAUUUUGAAAAAAAGAAUGAAUUCCUAUGCCCCACAAAUAACCCAGAGAUGCAUUUAAAAUAAAAGAACACAUUCUACUCAUGUAAAAACACGCUGAUUCCCGGACCAUCCACGGACUGGAUUUAGUAGGCGAUUGAGCCGGAUUCAGCCCCCGGGCCUUAGUUUGCCUACCCAUGGUUCAGGCCAAGCAUAGGCAAACUCCGGCCCUCCAGAUGUUUGGGACUACAAUUCCCAUCAUCCCUAGCUAACAGGACCAGUGGUAAGGGAUGAUGGGAAUUGUAAUUCCAAACAUCUGGAGGGCCAGAGUUUGCCUAUGCCUUGUUUAGGCACAUUUUGUGACAGGGAAUUUGGUUAGCAUUUGGUUUCUGAGCUCUGAGCGCAGUACUGUGCCUACAAAUUCAGAUUAAAACUGCAGAGUAUGGAAGGAAAGGAGGGCCCUUUUCUGCCUCUCCAUUUCCAGCUACUCUUAAGACUGGAGAAGAGACCCUCUUAAGAAUAUUAGGGGUGUGUGCAGGGGAAGCACUAGGCCAUGUGAAAAAUGAGCAUAAUAUUUUAGCUGCAGUUCAUUCAUUUUCAGCUUUCUAUUCUUGUUAUAAAAGAAAGUGUGCCUACACAUUCCAUUCCUGCACCCAUAACCCAGGUUUAAAGUGCCAUUUAGCUCCUAGCUUUCAUAUCUCAGUUUCUAACACUGCCUGGAUAAUGGGCAACUUCUGGGGUCUAAAUGCGGCCCUCCAUGCCUCUCUGUGUGGCCCCCAGGGCUCUUCCCCAGGCCACACACCGCUCCCACAGGCCACAUUUUCCUUAAGUGUGUUUGUUUUGCAUGGCUGGAAUGUGUCCUUUAACUGCGACCAUGAACCUUGCUUGCCUAGGAAUAGGAUGCAGAGGCAGGUCUCCGUGUGUGGAAAUAAUCUGUCUUCUGCUUGGACUGUUGUGACUCACUAAUACCCCAUCCUGUAGGAUUCUAUCAGUUACAUUUAUCUACACAAUCGGAAUGAACGUCUGGAACCAAAAUGCUUUUUCUGUGCAGCCUGAGCAGGAGCAGUUGCCAUUAACGAAAAGAAGUCGGAAUAGGCCAAUACAGUGGUGCCUCGCAAGACGAAAUUAAUCCGUUCCGCGAGAGUCUUCGUCUAGCGGUUUUUUCGUCUUGCGAAGCAAGCCCAUUGACGGAUUAGCGCUAUUAGCGCUAUUAGCGGUUUAGCGGCUAUUAAAGGCUUAAAGGCUUAGGGGAUUAGCUGCUAAAAGGCUAUUAAAGGCUAUUAAAGGCUUAGCAGAUUAGAUAAAGGGGGAAAGCGAAAAAAAUCUCAAGACUCGCAAGGUAUUUUCGUCUUGCGAAGCAAGCCCAUAGGGGAAUUCGUCCUGCGAAGCAACUUCAAAACGGAAAACCCUUUCGUCUAGCGGUUUUUCCGUCUUGCGAGGCAUUCGUCUUGCGGGGCACCACUGUACAUAUGUGGACUGUUUCUGGAUCAAGUGACUUUUCUUUGAAUUAUCAAAGCUCUUAAUCUAGCUCAAGUUGUCAACUGAACUAUCCAGAUGUUUAACUGCGGGUCAAUCGCAGUCAUUUGAAAAAUAAAGACUUUAGAGCCAUCUUGCCCCCAAAUGGCAACUAGACAUUCCGUUUUGGCGACUGCAACCUUGGUUUAAGGAGCCAUUUGGCACCUAGCUUAUAUAUCUGAGUUUCUAACACUGGUGGAGAGAGCGCAGUUGCACUCGGGUCCUCCUUGCAGGUUUUCCAUAGGCAUCUACUUGGCCCCUGUGAUGCUGGACUAGAUUGGCCUAUGGCCGGAUCUCUUCUGUUUUUAAGGGGCCUGACUCUGCACAAGGCAAAGCUUCCUACGGGUCUUGAGUCUCCAUUAUGAUUAAACUGCAUGCGACACUGUUCAGGGCACAGCUUGCUUUAUAUCCAUCCGUCAAGGUUCUUGAGGUGGCGAAUGUCACAUAUAUGCCGCUCAGGACCCAUGUGGUUAACAGCACUUGUGAGCGCUGUACAGUGUGCUUCCUUUGCCAAUGAGUGAGCUGGCUCUCGCGCAUCUGAAAUCAAAAGUGCAGAGGCUCUUGAGGUUUCAGUAAUAAAACCUGCUAUGAUUAACACUUAAGAUCAGGCACCGUGGCCUGCCUAAGCCUACCUAGUGGCUUUAGAUAAAGUUGGAUCAUUGCUCAGGGUUGUUUCCAAGAAGGGUAUCUCUCCUGUUCCUACCAGGAGAUGCCAGGGAUUAAGACCUUUUGCCUUCAAAGUCUGUGCUUUUACAACUGAGCUGUGGGUCUCGUUCCUCCCCUGCCAACAAGCUAUGGCUUGGCAAAGCUGAGAUCUUGGGUCCCCGAACUGAGGCUUAGCCUAUCAACUUCCAGAAAUGCUGGGGACCAGGGACUGGCCAUGCUGGGAAGUAGGAAUGUUCACAGAGCACAGCUGUUCCUAAAUAUGGCUGCAGCCGUUGGCAUCAGAAAUAAGUGCAUAAAAUAGACUUGCCCCGGCACAGUCAAGGAAAUAGUAACCAUCAUUUUACUAAGAAAAUAGUUGCAGAUCCUUGUAAUAAUUUGGGGAGGCCUACACCAGGCCCAGCCUACAUGCGUACAGUCUAAAAAUAAGAGGAGGGGAUGCAUUCCUGUACAGAAGCAAUUGGGAAGCGAAUGUAUUAAGAUGCAAUUAGAUGUCUGUCCCAAGGGCUAGGUGUUACACUAUCUCAUCUCAUAUUUCAUCUCUAAGCCUGUGAGGAAGGUUCAGCUGAGAGAAUUGCCCAAGGCCACUGAGCAAGCCAGUGGAUUGGGGGGGGCGUGUUUCUCACGCUAAAUUGGAUACAGGUGCAGUUUGUUCAGAAGGCGCUUAGAUUGCCUCUGUUGCAAAGGAGGUGUGAGUCCCCCUUUCCCUUUGGAAAAACCCGGGGAAGGUGCAGCCAGUCCUUUUCACACAUAGAAUCAGAGUUGGAAGGGACCCACGAGGGUCAUCUAGUCCAAUCUUUUUGCCCAACGUGCGACUCGAACCCAUAACCCUAAGACUAAGAGUUUCACGUUCUACCGACUGAGCUAUUAAAUAAUAAUAAUAAUAAUAAUAAUAAAAUUGUUUAUACCCCGCCCAUCUGGCUGGGUUUCCCCAGCCACUCUGGGCGGCUUCCAACAGAAUAUUAAAAUACAGUAGUCUAUUAAACAUUAAAAGCUUCCCUAAACAGGGCUGCUGUCUUCUAAAAGUCUGGUAGUUGUUGUUCUCUUUGACAUCUGCUGGGAGGGCGUUCCACAGGGCGGGUGCCACUACUGAGAAGGCCCUCUGCCUGGUUCCCUGUAACCUCACUUCUCGCAGCGAGGGAACUGCCAGAAGGCCCUCGGCGCUGGACCUCAGUGUCCAGGCAGAAUGAUGGGGGUGGAGACGCUCCUUCAGGUAUACUGGGCCAAGGCCGUUUAGGGCUUUAAAGGUCAGCACCAACACUUUGAAUUGUGCUCGGAAACAGUCGAUGCUGCCUGUCUGUCUUAAAGGGGAAGGGCAGUAGUAGUGCUUUGUUUACAGGUGCACCCUUCCCAACUGACUUGUAGAGGAAGAGGGUUUAGCAGGACUUAAAGAAACGCUUGGAAACUUGUUGCUAGCUCCUGCGUUUAGAAAGCUGACCUACUGCAUGGGCCCUUCAAGAUAGAAAAGUGAGCUCUUCCUGACUUUGUCCCGGUUCGCCUGUCACAGUAAACUGUAGCUAGGAAUAUGCUGUGAACACAUCGAGGGGUCCUGUUUUGUUUCUCCCCUAACAUGGGCACAGGAGUGGCAAGCCGCACUUCUAGGCUUAGCUUUAUGUCUGAUCGUGGUGUUUUGCUCCAAACAAACCACAGCACAGAGCCAAGGUUUAUUCUCAUGGCUUGUUUGAGCUAAACAAAUGGUCCAUCGUAAAGCUAAAGCCAGAUAUCCCGGCUUGUCUCUGCUGUACAUGGUAAGGAGAGUUGCGUUCACAAUAAACCAUUAACCAUGCGUGGCAGCCUUUGCGUCCUGGAAUUCCCAAGGCCAGCAAUAAUGAAAUAGUCGAACAAAUUUUAAAUUGGUUGCAGUAAAUAAGCAAUGAAAGCAAUAAAGCGGUGCAGCAAGUAACAGGAGGUCGGUAGCAAUAAAAGGAAAAAGAAUUGAGUUGCUGACGAGCAAAAGCAGAGUUUUGACUGAUCAUCUUAUAAGCAAAUCAAGAGAGGAUCAGAGGAGUAAAAAGAGCGACUCAGAUUUGCAUGAAAUUUGUGCAUGCUGGUGUGUGCGCGCUGUGUAUAGAAAUACAGUACAUUUCACUCUUAAUACAACUCACUAUAGUGGGGAAGCUUGGCCAGUUGAUCAGGGUGCCUAUCCGGUCUGCUGUCAAGGUGCUGACGGUUGUUUGGCAACAUCAGGACCCCUCCUGCUCUCUCUUCUUAGGGGUCUUGAAAGUGGGCUUGGACCAGAUAGCCUUUUGAGUCUGUAAACCUGCCCUCCAUAAAAAGUAGGGCGCAUUGACCAUCUUCCAAAUGAGCUUUCCUUGGGGAAGAGUUCCUAAGCCUGGGGACCGCUGCAGAGGAGGCCUUAAUUCCACGUGCCCACCCGCCACAUCUUGGAUGGCGAGGGUUCACAGAGGAGGGCGUCAAAUGCCAUCCAAGUGGGAGGAGGCAACCUUAAGGAUAGUGUGGGCUUUAAAGGUCAAAAUUAGCACUUUGGGUUGUGCUUGGGAACCGGGAGUCAACGGAGAUGGCACAACACCAGAGAGCGCCGUAGUCCAAAAAACAAAAUCCAAGCUUUGGUAAAUAGUCUGUGGAAUGCUCUCCCCAGGGAAGUUCGCCUGGAGCCUUCAUUAUGCACCUUUAGGUGCCAGGCAAAAAACGUUCCUCUUUAACUAGACAUUUGGUUGAUCCGAUUUACAUCCUAUGCCCUUUUAAAAUGGGGGGGGGUUUAAUUGGUGGGUUGUUGUUUUUAUUUUUAUUAGGUGUUUUGUGUUUUUAUAUUUUGAUUUUAUUAUGUGAAUCAGCCUGAGACCCCCAGGUAUAGGGCGGUAUAUAAAUUCUAAUAAUUAAUUAAUUAAUUAAUUAAUAGUACUCUAGGUGCUGAAUUUUGAACAAGCUGGAGUAUCCAAAUGGGGAAUCUAUUUUUUUUUAAAAAAAAAUACUAUUUAUUAAAUUUUCCACUUUAACAAUCCAAUCAAACCAUAUUAAAUAUUCCAAAUUAUACAUAUUAUUCAAUAAUCAAUCAGUCCAAGUAUUAUGCCAAAUUACAAAAAAAUAAUUGGAGGUAUCUUCCCAUGUUCUGAGGUUGGGGGGGCUCUGAUCAUCUCAUACUUCUACUGCUUUCAUAAUUUCCACGAUAGUUCCCAUAAAUCAUUCCAAUGUUAAUCGUCGUUACUUUUCACAGCCUCUGAGUUUAUCAAACAAAACAAUAUAUUCUGUGUGGAAUUUACGUCCAGAGUUCCCUCCAAAUGGGGAACCUAAGGCACCUCUGGCAAUGAACAGAUAGUGUCGAAAUUAUAUGAACGGCAUAUGCAAAAACAAAACGCAGCCCCAUCCAUUUGCAAAAUUUUGGGGAGAUUUGGCAGGGUGCGGAGGGAAUCUGCUAAUAAUUGUUCCUUCCCUUUGGGGGUUUUUGAUUUAGUUUUUGUUGCUUAUUCAGAAGCACAUGCAUCAGAAAGGUUAGGAAAAUCAUAUGGCCGGUCUACGCACCAUACAUUUAAAGGAAUUGGCUUCCUGGGAAUUGUAGUUUGCCCCCUCACAGAGCUACACUUCCCUACACUACAGAUAAGCUCCUGCUGCAGGUAGAAGAGAUUUAGGAGUGAUGCUUCGAAUUCUUAACUUGUUUCUCUUCCUUCCUCUCCAGCUAGUGUCCCAUGUGCUGCGGCCGGUCCGGUCGAGAAGGCCUGCCGGAACAGGCCCCCCCGGGUGAGGCGCACUUCCUCCCUAGACACCGUCCUUGGAUCGUACCUCUUGGGCCAGUGGCCUCGGGAUGCAGAAGGAGCUGCCGUAGCGCAUAUGAGUGACAAAUCCACCCAGGUACUGGAGCAACCUUUUUGCAGGGACAGUGGGAGAUCAUGGAGGGAUGAUGGGGCAGAUCCCUGAAGGUGGCAGGAGAUGUUGCCUGGUUGGGCUGGUGUUCCCAGAGGUCAGGCUGGGAUCAGCAGCGAUGUGUUUACACGAGCCCUCUCAACUUAACCGCUUCGUAAGAAAAGCUUUUGCCAGAUCGGGUCAGAGGUUCACCUUGUCCUGCAUGGAGCUGAGUGAUGCAUUGAGAAAUUAUCUGAAACGAUUAUGGUGUUCACAUCACUAUACUGGUUUCAGACAAUCUGAGCUGGCGAUAAACCGUGCCAGUUCAAAUGGCCUGCAGACAGCAAAGUCGCAGGCAGGCAGGCAAAAGGAACCUAAGGUGGGAAGGAAGAAGCAGCCAAGAUACAUUCCAGAGUUGAACAUCGUGGUGUUCAGCUGUUGGUAUAUCACAAUGUUGAAAACCAGAUAUCUCUCAGUCCUACUCACCCCAGCACUGUCUCCUGCCUUAUUGCAAACUUCCAAUUUGUUGCCAAGUCCCGUACAGUUCUGUCUGCACUAUGGCGAUCUUGGUGCCCAGCCCCAGUAAACACCAUGCAAAGUCUUGGGGGAACUUUCCCCCUCCAUCUCCCAGGAGUGGCCCUUGGCUACAGGCAAGAGAUGCCUGGAGCAGGGCUGGGCGAUAACAGUUUUUCAGCAUCGCGGUAUAUCACCAGCCAAACAUCGCGGUCGGGCAAUAUACCACGAUGUUGAAAAACAAGUUGCAUUGUCCUCCGCUUGCGAGGCACGGUUGAAAUUGCCGCAGCUCUCACCGUGGGAACUGAGGCAGCUUCGCCCCUUGCCUAGCGGACUGGGACAAGGCAGUUUGUUUGUGCAGCUCAGCUGGGGCGCGGGAGGGCUCCCGAGCCCCCACUGAGCCAUCCCUGGUGCUCUCCCCGUUUGUGUGAGAGCCAGCACUGGGCUGGCGGAUCCUUUAACUGCUCGGCUGAGGUUAGCUCACUCCUCAGCUGAGCAGUUAAAAGAUGCAUAGGGAGGAACAAGCUGUAUCGGCGCCUCACCAAUGCAGAUUUUUCCCCUCCCUCUGCACAGUAUGAUAUAUCGCUGGUGAAACUGCCACCGCUUCUGAGUCCCUCCGCUAGCAGCGCUUGCUGGAGGAAGUCGCUAGCAGAGGAACUUGGAGGCGGUGUCAGUUUCACCAGCAAUAUACCGCUGAGUGUAAUCGACAUCGUGGUCUGCUCCUCAUCCCGGUCCUGGGCGAUAUAUUGAUAUAUCGCCCAGGCCUAGCCUGGAGGGGCUGUUUUGCAGUUGUGUUGCACAACCACGGGGUUUGGCUUCUGUGGCAAUGCAGGUGAUCUGAAGAACCUCUGCUUUCAUCUUACUUGCAGCCCACACGGUUGUCAAGCAGACAGUGCUUGAUGGGAAGUGAGAGGCGGUUGCUAAGGAGGCAUCAGUUGCUGGAUGACGGGCAACGAGCGUCGCAGUCCAGCUGCAUCUGGAGUGCCGCAGGUUCCCCAUCCUUGCUACACUCCACAGAAGCAUUUAAUAUGUCUGUUAGUUCUUAAAGGGUGCUACCGGACUGUUUGGUUGGAGAGGCAGGUAAAAGACAGGUGUGCCCUUCCCAGGCAUUCAACCCAGUAGUUGAACGUAACCUCUUAGUUCUAAUUAUCAGGUUACGGGUUCAAUCCCCGUAUGGGACAGCUGACUAUUCCUGUAUUGGCAGGAGGUUGGACUAGAUCAGGUUUCCUCAACCUCGGCCCUCCAGAUGCUUUGAGACUACAAUUCCCAUCAUCCCUGACCACUGGUCCUGCUAGCUAGGGAUCAUGGGAGUUGUAGGCCGAAAGCAUCUGGAGGGCCGAGAUUGAGGAAGCCUGGACUAGAUCCUCAGGGUCCCUUCCAACGCUACAACCCAUAUUCUGUCUCCACAUUUGGUGGCUCUACGUUGUAAGGAAGAGUAGGAAGCAUUAAGGAACUUUAAAGUGGGGCCUGAAGUCAGAAAUGGAAGUACUUAAAAAUAAAACUGUGUGUGUGUGGUUUGUGUCUUUUGGCCAAACAGCAAUACCCCCAACCUGGAGAAAGCAACCCAUGAGCAGAAAUGGAUUUGCUGGGCUUGGAGUGAGGGCUGUCUCCAACAGCCUGCGACUGUACAGUGGUACCUCGGGUUAAGAACUUCAUUCGUUCUGGAAGUCUGUUCUUAACCUGAAGCUGUUCUUAACUUGAAGCACUACUUUAGCUAAUGGGGCCUCCUGCUGCUGCCGCGCCGCCAGAGCACGAUUUCUGUUCUCAUCCUGAAGCAAAGUUCUUAACCUGAAGCACUAUUUCUGGGUUAGCGGAGUCUGUAACCUGAAGCGUAUGUAACCCGAGGUACCAUUGUACUGAGAACCCUUAGUGCUGCCCCACAGGGGACCGUAUUUUGUUCAGCAACAGCAUUGCCCAGCCGACUUUCCCUUUGGCUGAAGCUAAACCAAGGCUAUGCACCCGGGGAGGGGAAUAUCCCGGUCACUGUUUUGCAACCCUCUUGUAAAACCAGAUGUGCAAGGGUUUAAGCUGGACUUUUAAAAUUUAACUUAGAUUGUGCAAAAAAAAAUUAUGCUGGAAAACAUUGAGCCGGGUAAACUAGAAGUCUAAAUGCCUUUCCCUGCAAAAUGCAUGCAUGCCCAGGCUGGGUGAGAGUGCUCUCCUAAGUCUCAAGCCCUGCUCUUUGUGUCUGGCUUUCUAGGGAAGGCCUUCCCUGUUGUGCUUCUGCUGGUUAGAGGCAAAGCUUGACUUUUCCUUGGCUUUUGUUGCAGAGGCAGCUGUCCUCCUGGAAAGGGGCUCAGUGCUCCGAGGCUCUUUCAGCUCAGUUCGCCGCCCUGGGCCAAAACCCUUAUAUAACAUUUCUCAGGGCUGUGUGCCAUGCGCUGAUUUUGAGAUCGAGGGCUCUUGCGAUGGAAGAGAGGCUUGCGAGGCGUGUGUGCUCCCGGAUGGAGCGGGGAGCCUCCAGCCAUCGAGGAAGCCUUGGCAACCCAUAAAUAUUUCUGCAGAGCAACAAAUGGUCCUUCUGAGACAAAAGGACAGCCUCGGCCCCUUUCAGCUGGAGAUGAAUCUAGCCUUUUUAAUUGGAGUGCCUAGAUAGAGAGCGUGUUACAAAACCAGCCUCGCAAGCAGUGACCAAAUAGGUACAUUAGCUUGAGUGGCUCCCUGCAGGGUUCAACGUUUCAUCCAUUAAGAGAGGUACUCGGAGUAGCAACAGCUUGGAAAGGAGGCAGAUCCAUAAAAAAACAACAACCCACCAUCAGGCAAAGUUAACAGCAUGGCGGGAGCUGGAAAAGCAGCCCAGUGAAGCUAUAAAAAUACAACAUAACUGGGCCCCGAGGUAUUAAAUCCUGGAAAAACAAACCUGUUAAUUGGGAGCCUGAAGCUGCAAAGCAGUGGCUGGGCAGGUUUCCCUGGGGAUAGGAUUCCAAAAUGGCGGUACCAUCACCAAGCACGCUGUCCCUCCUGGCCAGACUUUGGGCUGGUUUUCGGUGCAGCGGUAAAUGUGUGUCUGCACCAUACCUCUUCAAACCAUGUGUGGAGUCUCACGUUGCUGAAUAGGCUUUUAUAAAAAUGAAACUCCUUCCCAUGGAGAACUUGAAAAACCCUUUCUUCCUGACAUGCUAGACUUCCAAGUGCAGGGAGCUGGGAGUGCCUGCAGGAGUACUGAUGUGUACGUGAAGCGGUGGAGUCUUCCUGCAAUUUGACCGCUUCUGCAAGAACCAGGCCUUGGGUCUCCUACGAUGUUGGAACCUACAGUCCUAUGGCAUCUGCUGAUCCGGGUGACCAAAGAAGUACAUGGGAAGCUUCCUUACAUUGAGUUGGACCUGUAGUCCAUCUAGUAUUGCCAACACUGACUGGCAGCAGCCUGCAAAGCUUUUCUGAUGUGGGUCUUUCCCAAGCUUAGGUAGAGAAGAUGAGGAUGGAACCUGGGACUUUCUGCAUGAAAAGUAGCUGCUCUAGUCCUGACCUAUGACCUUUACAGAAGAGGUUGGAUCAGAGCUAUGCAAGUCCACCUGUGCAAGGCAGGUCUAGGGUAGCCCCUGCACAGUGACUGUAAUGUUGGUUUAGCCAAGACAAGCAGCCAGUCUGGACAACCACAAAGGCUUCCUUACUGAACCUGCCCCAGACCAAGGAACUUGGGGGUUGCCCCAUUUUCAUCUUUGCAACAACCCUUUUAGAUAAGCUCAGUUGAGAGCCUUUCUUAAAAGUUGACUGGGCCAGCUGAGGACUUGAACCCGAGUCUCCCUAGCCCAAGGCCGGCACGUUCUUUGUGCAGCCUGCCGUUCUGGUGCUGCGCCCAUUUCGCCGCCUCUCUCCCAUGGGGCGUGGGGAUCUUGGGGUAGACUGCGCAAGCUCAGGUCGCAGGUGAAGCGAGUGCCUGAAAUCCUUUUUUUCUCUUGUGUGCAAGAGCUGGUUUAACGUUUCAACAGAGCCUCCCAAACCCCCUGCCUUUCUGUGGGUGCUGUGGCUCGCUUUCUGCUGUGAAGACAAAGGAUUUAUUUAUAUUUAUAGCCUUGGGGAUGAGACUCAAGAGGCACGCCCUUCCCUGCAGAUUAUCUGACCUUGUGGUUUCAGACCUUGUGGUUGUCUUCUCAAAGCACUUUCCUCCCCUUCUCUCCUGCUCGGCGGAAGCUGUUUGGCCACUACUAGAAUAACGUGUUUGGAAACUUCCUGCCUCAUGGCAGAAGGCUGGGCCUGCGGGGGCAGGGUGCUCGAAGCCAGGCCUCCCCCUUGGCAGCAGCACCAAAAGCUGCAGCUUGGGGGGGGGGGGUUCUCUGCUGCCGCACAUUCCCUCUCUACCCCCUAGCCAGAUCUUGUGCACAUUUUAUUUAUUAUUUUAUUAUUUAUUUCUUAAUAAAUGUUGCAGAAAAUUAAAAUCAAGUAAACAAAUACUAACACAAAAUUAAACUAAAGAAAAUACAUGUACCCCUACCCUGUAAACAUUAUUAUUAUUAUUAAUUAUUAUUAUUAUUAAUGUCCCACCCAUCUGGCUGGGCUUCCCCAGCCACUCUGAGCGGCUUCCAACAAAAUAUUAAAAUACAGUAAUGCAUCAAACAUUAAAAGCUUCCCUAAACAGGGCUGCCUUCAGAUGUCUUCUAAAAGUCUGCUAGUAGUUGUUCUCUUUGACACCUGGUGGGAGGGCGUUCCACAGGGCAGGUGCCACUACCGAGAAGGUCCUCUGCCUGGUUCCCUGUAACAUAAACCCUACAUACCCCCAUGACUUCCCUCCACCACGACUCGACUUCCUUUAGCUCAGAUUUACCGUAUUUUUUGCUCUAUAAGACUCACUUUUUCCCUCCUAAAAAGUAAGGGGAAAUGUGUGUGCGUCUUAUGGAGCGAAUGCAGGCUGCGCAGCUAUCCCAGAAGCCAGAACAGCAAGAGGGAUUGCUGCUUUCGCUGCACAGCAAUCCCUCUUGUUGUUCUGGCUUCUGAGAUUCAGAAUAUUUUUUUCUUGUUUUCCCCCUCCAAAAACUGGGUGCGUCUUAUGGUCUGGUGCGUCUUAUAGAGCGAAAAAUACGGUAAAUACUGUCAUUGCAUUCUUUGGACAAAACAUCUCUUAUAGCCACUUCUAUUUAUUCUUCUCGCUUAUACUUUACAUACUUAAUCCAUGCAUGUCAACAUAUUCUUUUUAGAGCAAUGUUUUGUUCCAUAUACUCCUCAAAGCUCUUGUGUACACUUGAGGAAUGGAGGCCGCCUACAGCUUUCCUUGAGCCCAGGACAGGCAUGAAAUCUGCCGGCCGAUGUGCAUUUCAGCAAGGAAGCAAAAUAAAACAAAGCUUUCUGGGCUUUCCGCUGCAACAUGAAGUGGGGAUUCCAGGCAAGGCAGCUCAGCCAUUCUUGCAGCCGGGGCAGGAAGCUUGCACCAAGGUGCAGCAGUUUCACCUGCAAAUAGUUUUUUGAGACGUCGCUGCCGCGCUUGGGGGGGGUGGGUGGAUUAGCCUCCCCCACACCGGCGGCAUGGGUGGAAUUUCCCCCUUGUGACCGGCACUUCGUAACUUGAAAGAUAAGGGUUUAUCUCGAGGUCUUAAAAAUACCUCGAGUGGCGGUUGCUAUUUGCUCCUGCUCCCGAAAAGCUUUGCUGAAGGGUUGGGCGGCAACUCUUGGCUCCGCAUCAACACUUGUGGGCACAUUUUUUCCUGGCAUGAAGUGGGGGUCAAGGGGGGAGUCAUUGGCAUUCUACAGUUCCACAAAAUGUCUGGGUCCUGCCCCUUGCAACUCCUCUUCCGCCACUUGCAAGGCCUGUACCAGUCAGGAUUUGCAGCGGUUCGAGCUAACUUUCCAGGGUUGUUCAACAGGGCUGUUUAAACAAAAAACAUUUUUAAAAUGGCUGCCAGAUUUCCUGUUUUACAACAGCCUUUCUAGGGAGGCCGGUUUGGCUAAUAGAAAAGCCCCUUCUGCUGCCUUGGCAGCUGGAGAAAGAGAUGUCCCCAGACCAUGGUCUUGACUGCAGAGCUCCAAGGUGAUUGGGCCUUAAUAGCUUUCUCUGCACUAGUAUUGCUAAUUUGCUACUGGUCUUGGAACAUGCCCAACAAGAUGGAAGCGUAACGUGUCCCAGCAGCCCAACAUCUGGGUUGUUGGACAGGGUGGCCUGUCCUCUUGCUUGUCCUGUAAAUCAGGGGUAAGGUGGGGGCUUGAAUGCUGGGGGUCUGGCAAGCCACUUGUCUGCAAGCGCUUGCCCGAACUUAGGCAAUUCUGCCACCGCCACUUCCUUUGCUUCUGUGCAGCCCCACCUUGAGGGCCGUUGAUAUCAUAGGCCAGCAGUCCUUGCAUGGCAAACCCCUUGAAUAGCAGGAAACAGAAAAGUGCAAUGCUCACCAUUAAGGAUCGCCUCUCGCCAUACAAACCGACCCAGACCCUUCGCUUGUCACCUGAGGCCCUUCUCUAUGCCCCCCAUCCCAGAGAGGUCCAGAGAGUGGCAACAAGAGAAAGGGGUCUUUUCUGUGGUGGCUCCCCAUCUAUGGAAUGCUCUCCCCAGAGAGGUUCACCUGGCACCAUCAUUACAUGUCUUUAGGAGCCAGGCAAAAACAUUCCUCUGUACCCAGGCCUAUGGUUAUUAAAUACUCUAUGUAUGGCCUGUGAAAGUGUGGGACUGUUAUGAUGAUGACUAUUUUAUUAUUAGGCUUUAUAUCAGUAUGCUUUUUAUUAUGUUUUCAUCACCGAUGUUCUGUGAUGUGGUUUUAAUGUUGUACCACCGCCCAGGGAUCUUUUGAUAAAUGUAUAUAAAUUUAAUAAAUAAUAUUAAUAAAUUUCCAGGCAGGUCACAGAGAUUGAAUGAGAGCUGCUGGGUGUCAUUAAAUGAAUAUAAGGCUUUUCCUUAGUCUUUGAAUAAUGUUCUGCCUAUAGUAACUAAUUUCAUUGGCAUCUUUACUUGGAAUCUAUUAGGAUUUUGCUUGUAGCAUUCAGCUUAUUUUUCUUAAGAGUUUGUUUUGUGUACAUGCAGUGUUAAAUUGCCCUGAGACAUUGUGACGUGAUGGACUACGGUUCCUGAAUAAAGACCCAAGCAUGGAAGCCUAUAAGUUUGCUGGAAAUAUUAUUGCAGGGCUAUGUGGGAAGUAGGGCUGGGCGAUAUCUGGCUUACGACAUUGUGAUAUAUCACCAGCUAAACAUCACAAAAUACAGAUAUUAUUAUUAUUAUUUAUUGAAUUUAUAUACUGUCCUAUACCCGGAGUUCUCACGGAUAUAUCACGAUGUCUGAAAUAAGGAUGGUGCCAUGUAGAAGUGUUGGUUGCCUUUGUGGUUUUUCUCACGUUGUGAUUUUUGCUGGCACCUGCUCUUGUGUUUUGCUGCCCCCCUGUAUGAGGCAGGGGAGAGCUGAGCCACCAGAGUUAACAGGGGUUGCAGGAAUCGAGAGAUGCCUUGGCGGGCUUCAGUUUUUCACACUUGGUGAUUUUUGCAUAGCACACACCCAUCAAGAUUUGCAAUACAUUGCCAGGUCGAAAAUUACGAAACUGAUAAUCGCGAUACGGACUCCAAACCGGUUUUUGAUGAUAUAUCACCCAGCCCUAAGGUAAAGGUAAAGGAACUCCUGACCAUUAGGUCCAGUCGUGACCGACUCUGGGGUUGCGGCACUCAUCUCGCUUUAUUGGCCGAGGGAGCCGGCGUACAGCUUCCGGGUCAUGUGGCCAGCAUGACUAAGCAGCUUCUGGAGAACCAGAGCAGUGCACGGAGACACCGUUUACCUUCCCACAGGAGCGGUACCUAUUUAUCUACUUGCACUUUGACCUGCUUUUGAACUGCUAGGUUGGCAGGAGCAGGGACCGAGCAACGGGAGCUCACUCUGUCGUGGGGAUUCGAACCUCCAACCUUCUGAUCGGCAAGUCCUAGGCUCUGUGGUUUAAGUCACAGCACCACCCGCGUCCCAUAUCACCCAGCCCCAGUGGGAGGCAUAUUCUCCCUCAAAAAGAAGUAGUAUGGAGCUCCACUUGGACUUCACUGGCUGAAAUGUGGAUGAACACUCUUCUUGAGUUAAGGUUUUCCUCCUCUGGGAACACUUCUGGGCAUAAUUUUCCUGAAAGCAGCUUGUGUGGAGCACAAGCUCUAUGUGAAUUUUGGCUAUCGUACUCUGCAAGGAAGAUGUGAAGGCAUAGAAAGUCGUUCGCAAAUCUUUCUUGAAAGUUUUAGUUGGGCUUUUUCCAUCCAGGCCUGUGUAAUCCAUGACAUUUUAUACCAAUGUCGUUGUGUAGGAAAACGGCGGCCAAGCAUUCUGCCCUGGAUUCCAAAUGCACUGAGAGCAGCAGCCAGAGUUUCCUAGGUAGCAUGGCAAUGUGGUUGUACUCUUAGUUCCCAUAGGAAAGUGAUAGAUUUUUUUUUCAUUUUCCAAAGUCCCACAAAUUAGCCCUUCGGCAUGACACUUCCUCCCUCCAAUGGCAUGUUUUCAGAAUGACUCUUGCAAAGUAGACUGCCGUGUUGGAACUCGCUUGGACUGGCCGUGCUCUGCUGAACGCCUUGCUCCCUUCUUUGCAGACUCCUGUGUCCUGGCACGAAGCAGAGGUGGGGAAAGCCGCUGCCCAUAAGCGCUCGGCCUCGUGGAGUAGCGUGGAUCACCGCAGAGAGGUGAGAGAGCUGCUUAGCAAGCCAAACGAAAAGCAUGCUUCCCGCACUGCACAGUGUGCAAAGGAAACUCAGCCACUGGCCUGCAUUGAGCAUCCCAGAAACCCAGAAUUGGCGUCCUUCACAGAUAACACAAAUCGGCAGGUAGUUUUGUCAAAUAAGGUACCUUCCCACUAGGCCCUGUGCAGGCUUUCCCAAGCUUAGGUCUCCAGCUCCUCUUGGACUACAACUCCCAUCAUUCCUAGCUAGCAGGACCAGCAGACAGGAAUGAUGGGAAUUGUAGUCCAAAAGCAGCUGGAGGCCCAAGUUUGGGAAACGAUGGUUUAUAGUAAUAAACCAGUUGUUGUUGCUGCUGUUGCUGAAUGCUGCUUGCAAUCCUCACAAGCAGUGGCAGGGAGGAGGCACCACACUCACCAAAAGCAGUAGUGGCUGGUGCGCAUUGGUAGGGUGUACGUCAAGCAGAGGCUUGACAACCAUAUGUCAGGAGUGCUCUGAUGGUGUUUCCUGCUUGGCAGGGGGUUGGACUCGAUGGCCCUUGUGGUCUCUUCCAACUCUAUGAUUCUAUGUGAAGGCAAGGGACCCAACAGCAGGGGGAGCCAGAGCCAGCUGAUUCUGCCUUUAUUACCAUCCUCCUUGUUGAGUUCUAUACAGAGGUGUAAGCUGACACUUUCUGUAAGUAAGAAGGCAGGGAGUAGGGGCUGGCUGAGGACAGGCUGAGAUGGGUGGGGCAGCGCCCCAUUUGCCCUAAGAGGCAAGACUCUGCAGACAACGUCAGGCUAGUGGUCCAUUAACUCAGCAUUGCUUACAGUGCCUAGCAGAAGCCUUGGAACUAGCUCAAAAUAAAAAAGAUUAUUAUUUAUUUUUUAAACAAGGUUUCAUGCACCCAAUGGAUUUCACAUAAGUAUCUUUGAGGGCAAAAUAUAAUAAACCUGGCAGUGUCUCUUCUCCAGUGAGGGAAAUUAGAGGCCACCUAGAGAAUAAGCUAUGUUCCCAACUCCUUCUGUAGGUUCUCUCAAACAGUUCAAAGUGCUUGUUUCUUCCCGUGCAAAAGCUAUAUGGUAAAACACAUUGGAUGCAUCGAGUUAUUCAUAUAUACAUACGUACAUACACACACAUAUAUACAUAUACAUACAUAUAUAUGUGUGUUUUUUCCAUGAAUAGUGGUUAUUAGGUGUUGCCUGUGUUUGUGUGGGUGUUUUAAAAAAACACAGCAGAAACGGCCCCACAGAUUUCAGAGGAAGCCCCCUGCAGAGCGAACAAGAGGCCUCCAUUGCCCACAGGAAGCAGAGCAGCUGUUGCUGCUGCUGCUUCCCUGGCUUGUGUUUGCAAAAAACCAGGCCUAGCUGUGUGACUUCCAGUUGCUUAAAAGACAACACCUCAAAAAGGUGACACCUCCUUAGAGGAAAGACUGGUCCUAUCAGACGAUCUGAUAAUUGGGCAGCAAGUUAUCCCAGAUGGCUGAGUUCCUUAGAGUAUGGUGCUGAUAAUGCCAAGGUCACAGGUUCGAUCCCUGCAUGGUGGGACAACGGCUUAUUUUCCUACAUUGUAGGGAUUUGGACAAAAGGAUCCUCAGGGUCCCUUCCAACUCUACGAAUCCAUGGCUGUAAGCCGGCACUGGAAGGGCACCUUGCAGAAGUUGCCCCCUGUGCUUGUCAUGCAUUGCGCAUGGGCAGAAGAAAUUGUGAGGUCCUUUGCCUCUUCUAAAUGCAGGUUGCAUUCUCAUUCCCCAGAUUGCCAAACUGAAGCAGCAGCUCCAGAGAACGAAACUCAGUGCCCGGAAUAGCAAAGAGAAAGACCAGAUCUCCCCCGUCCAGGGGGAUCAUAGUGUCCUCUCGCCCGCCAAGGUAGGCACCGCAUCCCUCUCCUUUGUUUGCCCCCAUCCGGCCAGAGGAAAACAGGGUCCAGCUGUCGAUGGACUGUUGGCAAGAGAUGAGCUCGAGGCUAUUUUUGGGAAAGAGUUUGAAGUAUUCAAUUCUGCUGCUGCAUUUGCAGGGUGGGGGAGGGCAAAACCAUUCUCUUCAGCCCCACCCAAAACAGUGCGAGGAAUUUGGGAGGCGCACACACACUUCCUACUGGCCUGUGCUGGCUGCUGUGUAUGUGGAGGUCAAGAGCCUUGCUCCAAGCUCAAGUGAUCGUUCUUGAGCUGCCCUUUGAACUAGGCAUUCAAGGUUCAUUUCUCAGGAUCCAGGUCUCUCGGCAUCCCUUGGACCAAAAAAAGGAGAGGGUUCAGUGUUUGAGAGGCAUGUGAUUAGAAGGGUAUUAGGAAGCAGGACUUAGGAGAGACCUUUGAGAGCGCAUUGCCAGAUGGGUCAGGGACGGGUUGCAUGGACCAGUGCUCUGAGUCUUCAUCAUACUAGACCAGAGUGGUGGAACUGGCCUAUUAAGUAUGCACCUACUUGACCGGCGCCCUUCCAGAUGUUGUAGCCCCUGCCCACAUGGCCCAGUGUCAGCAAUGCCUAGGCAACACGAUGACCAUGUACGUACGCAAUAGAUAAUCUUUAUAGAAUUCCUUCAAACCAUAACAAGUACAAAAUGAAAUCUUUAGUCUCAAAGUCUCUGAAAAUCUUUAACUGAAGCGAGGUACCAGACUUUGUACGAUGAAAGACAAGCUGUGAAGCUUUGUGUAUUCAGCAAAUAUGAUGUCCAACAUUGAACAGUGAUUCCGGAUAUUGACUACGGUUUCGCAGAAUUCGUCAGCGGGGUCCCCAACCCCUGACCUCUCAGUAUCCCUUGGGCAAACAAAGAGGAGAGCAUUCGAAGCUCAGUAUUAGGGAAGGACCUGAUUGGCUGUAGAGCAGUGGGUCUCAAACUUUCAGAAUAAAAAUUUACUCGUGCCACACCCAGUUUCUUUGGUGAUAAGAAAUACAUUGGAAAAUUAAAAGAAACAGCUAGCUGUGCUUGAUUUUGGAAAGAAACCUAUCCAUAUUCUGCAAAUUAAGAAUUUUUUUAUACUGUACUAUACUGAAAUGUUUAGUACAGUUUCUUUAGUGAUAAGAAAUACAUUGGAAAAUUAAAAGAAACAGCUAGCUGUGCUUGAUUUUGGAAAGAAACCUAUCCAUAUUCUGCAAAUUAAGAAUUUUUUUAUACUGUACUAUACUGAAAUGUUUAAAUGUUUCUUUGAUUUUCCUUGAAUCUUCCCAUUCUCGCCACACUCUUAAAGAACUAUUGCUGUAGUGAAUACUUUCCUUGCAAAAAAGGUGUCGGUGGCUUGUUUUACCACAUUGCUGGAUGUCCUUGUUGCAGGUUUCCCCACCUGCACCCUUUCCAGCCCUGACUGUUGCGCCGAUCAGCCCCUGUUUGCACAACAGCCUCGACGGUCUCAAUCAAGAACUGGAAGAAGUGUUUGUAAAAGAGCAAGGAGAUGAGGAGCUCCUCAGGGUGAGUUACGGCUGGUUCCCAAAACUCUGCUGGGCAGAACACACCUUUGUGGCCCCUUUUGCCAUCUUUUGCACCACUAGUUGAAUACAAAGCUCCCAUUCAUGACAUACCCUGAGCUGUACACUGAAAUUCUCUGUACUGAAAUUUCCAAACACUCAUCUAGAAACAGUUAUGGCUGUUUUAAAGAACAGAUAGGGUGAACCUACAGCAUCAGCAGCUAGCCACAGCCAGCCCCUUGUUCUCAAUGAGGGCCGCUGACUUUCUAUGGUGAUUUUAUUUUUAUUUUUAAAAGAAAUCUCCAAAUGCUUGAGGAAUCCUACGGUACUAACCUCGUCUCCUGCGACUUAGAAACAGACCACACCUAAAGGUUCAUAACACGCUUUAAGCACAUGUUUGAUUUGGUUCUCUUGAACUCUGGGGCUGCAUUGCAUCCUUCCCUCGCUCCAUAGCUGGCCUUUGAGUCACAGCAGAUGUGCAACGUCUCCUCUGGAGGGCAAACUACAGCUGUUUAUAGCAAAAUGCCUGCACUGCUGCAGGAGAGGGUCUUGGGUUUUUCCCCCCUCCCAAUAAAUGCGUUGAUCUUGCAGUAAAGGUAAAGUAAAGGGACCCCUGACCAUUAGGUCCAGCCGUGACCGACUCUGGGGUUGCAGCACUCAUCUUGCUUUACUGGCUGAGGGAGCUUCCGGGUCAUGCAGCCAGCAUGACUGAGCCACUUCUGACGAACCAGAGCAAUGCACGGAAACGCCGUUUACCUUCCCGCCGGAGCGGUACCUAUUUAUCUACUUGCACUUUGACGUGCUUUCGAACUGCUAGGUUGGCAGGAGCAGAGACGUGAGCAACAGGAGCUCACCCCAUCGCGGGGAUUCGAACCGCCGACCUUCUGAUCAGCAAGCCCAAGGCUCUCUGGUUUAACCCACAGCGCCACCCGUGUUCCUCUUGCAGUAGCUGCCCUGAAAUAAGAGCUGGGGUAAAAAGGCCCUAAGUGAACCAGUAUUAAUUUAAGAAGUGUCUUCCUUCUAGAUCCUGGAUGUCCCCGAUGGCCACAGAGCCCCAGCCCCGCUGCCGAGAAGCACCAGAGAAGCCUUACUGCUGCGGGUGGAGCACAGCAGUAGCAGCUGCAGCAGCCUCUCUCUCUCUCCGUCCCCUUCAGCUGCCUUUGGGCGGUCCCCACACACGCCUGCCCAAGCAGCAACAGAGGAACUUUACCCCAGUGUGCUGGAUAAGCCGCCAGUGGAAGCUAAGGGAAAAGGUAAGCCAGAAGGGGGCUAGUAAGAGGCAUGUUGGGAGCCUUAGAAAGUUGCACAUUUUUUAAAGAGGUUUUUCCAGGCCUUGUUUGCCCCCCACCCUCCACAGUACGAGAACACAGCCUGGAAGCUGGAGGGGACAGCAUAGGGUGCUCCCCAGGCAUCACUAUUUAUCGAACAGUCAUCCCGAUUUGUUCGCAGGGAGGUCAGACGGCAUUGGUUAUUGAAUGAGCCUUCGCUCUGAUUGGUUUGUGUAGAUGACGUUGCAUCAAAGCAAGUCUCCCCACAAUUUUCCAGACGCUUAACUGCAAAAAGUCCGAUCUUUCGGGGAAGUGGGUUUUUGUUGUUGCUGUUUUUGGCGCAAGACCCUCCCAAUCCUGAAGGAGCGUCUCCACCUCCAUCAUUCAGCCCGGACACUGAGGUCCAGCUCCGAGGGCCUUCUGGUGGUUCCCUCACUGAGAGAAGUGAGAUUACAGGGAACCAGGCAGAGGUAGUGGCACCCGCCCUGCGGAACGCCCUCCCGUCAGAUGUCAAGGAAAUAAAUAACUCUCUGACUUUUAGAAGACAUCUGAAGGCAGCCCUGUUUAGGGAAGUUUUUAAUGUUUGAUGUUUUACCGUGUUUUUAAUAUUCUGUUGGGAGCCGCCCAGAGUGGCUGGGGAAACCCAGCCAGAUGAGUGGGGUAUAAAUUGUUAUUAUUAUUAUUAUUAUUAUUAUUAUUAUUAAUUGGCUUCAGUUGCACAACCUAAAUUUACUGGAAUGUGAUUGAAUCAUGCCAGAAAACAGUGACAGCACAUCAACGCCCAUAGACUCGCCUUGGAAUUGUGGGGGAGGGUAACCAAAAGCAAGCACUGGAGCAUGAAACUCAUUUUACUGACUUGCACUAAAUCGCUAACUCAAAGCAAUUAAACCCUAAAAUAAAGAGAUCCAGCCUGCUCUUCCCUUUCCAUGGAUCAUCAGUGUCCACAAACCAGUUGAAGGGAAGAGUACGGAUAUUAGGGAUCGCAAAGAGUGUGAUGUGCCUAUACAAGGUCACAGUCUAAUUAAUUGGCUUGAACUUCAUUCUAAAUCUGACCCUGCUCAUUCAGGAUUUCACAUCUUUUAUCCCUAAAUAAUUGCCGUUCUAAUUAUUUGGGCAUUUAGAAUCCUCCCGACUGUAUCAAACCAAAUUUCUCAAGUCUUAUAUGAAGAUAAAUGGUGAAAAUCCCACCAUACGUCCACCGUAUGAUCUCUCCUUCUUUACAUAUGGACCUGGCUGCUAGUUUUGUAAUCUUUUCUUUUUUUAUGGCAGCAAGGGCAGGGAAAAGCCCACUGUAUUCUGUGAUGCUUUGUGGAGCCCAGUGAAGGGGGAAAGGAUGGAGGGAGGACUUGUAAACAUUGGAGACGUUUCUGGGAGUGUCCCCUGAAUGUGUAAGAAGGAAAACCAGGAAUGUGUGGUGAAGGGAGAAGUUGGAAACAGGAAGCAGAUACCCAAGAGCAGGAGGUAGCAGGCCAGACUUCCAAAACUGACCAAACCCAAAACUUUCCUUCUGUUUACAGGAUACACAGACAGCCCCGAAUCUGCGUGUGAAUCUUUAUUGAUAAGCACCUUUACCAACCACCAAUUUGUUUAAAACUAUGUGUCACUGCAGUUUGCAACAAAAGUAUAAAAGCGAUGCCAUCUAAGCAGUGACUCCAUAGGGAUUUUGCCUAUACAGAUAAAAAACCCUGGAUUUUUAAUAAGGCUGAGUGUACAGAAGACACAGCAAGAAUAGCUUUAGAAUCAAUGACCUGGAUGGGACAUUAUGCAAACGAUUCUUCCAGAUAUAGAUGCAUUACAGCAUUACUGGUUCUGCAUUUGUCUGUGUCACAUUUAAGCCUUUCUCUUUUUCUCCCCCGCUUCCGCCAGAAAACGGCAGCACUUCUCCAGUCCUUGCCUUUGCCCUGUCUCCUCGUCCCAACCACACCUAUGUGUUCAAGCGGGAACCUCCGGAGGGUUGUGAGAAAAUCCGGGCUUUUGAGGAAGCUGCGUAAGUAAGAAGGAUAUUUGCCUCUAGGGACACAGCAGGCCGAGAUACUGCAGCCUUACAUGAUGCAGUCCACUUCCUACAGGAUCAGCCCUGGGAAACCUCUGGUCUGUGGUCCAAAUUAAAAAGGUAAAGGGACCCCUGACCAUUAGGUCCAGUCGUGGCCGACUCUGGGGUUGCAGCGCUCAUCUCGCUUUAUUGGCCGAGGGAGCUGGCAUACAGCUUCCGGGUCAUGCGGCCAGCAUGACUAAGCCGCUUCUGGCGAACCAGAGCAGCGCACGGAAACGCCGUUUACCUUCCCACCAGAGCGGUACCUAUUUAUCUACUUGCACUUUGACGUGUUUUCGAACUGCUAGGUUGGCAGGAGCAGGGACCGAGCAACGGAAGCUUACCCCGUCAUGGGGAUUCGAACCGCUAACCUUCUGAUCGGCAAGUCCUAGGCUCUGUGGUUUAACCCACAGCGCCACCUGCGUCCCGUGGUCCCAAUUAGGGGGUCCUAAUUUAGCCCCUGAGGCUGCUUCCCCCCAAAUACACACCCAUGCACCUGAUGUCAUAUGUGAGGGACAAAUGAAGAACUGGGAGCCUUAAAGUGUACCCCUGAUUGGCACUGACAGCAAGCCCUACUUGCCAAGAACAAUCAGCUGACUGGCCGUGACAGCAAACUCUGCCCAAAGUUGGGCUUUCUAUAAGAGCCUGUUGGCUGAAAGGUUAAACAGCAAAUGGUGCAGGGAGGAAUGCUUUUCGUAAUGUCAUGGUGAUGUCAAGUGAUUGACAUGUGAGUGGCCCACAGGGGUUGGGGGAACAUCAUGAUCCAACCUACCAAUCAGCCCUCAGCAUUCCUAACAAUCAGUCACGAUGGCUGGGGCUGAUAGGAGUUGGACCCUGCAGGUGUUGUUGGACCACAGAUUCCCCGCCCGUGUCCCAAAGUGCAAGACCAAGAAAUGUCAAAGAUUCUCUUCCUUCACGCUCCUCCUUGCUGUUCUCACUGUAAAGGAUCUUUACAACCACCAGUCGAAACUCUCAGCCAGUUGAUGGCAUCAAUCCUUGCAUUCCUCAUCUCUUUGUCCUUGUGGUUUCUUCCUCUCCAGGCCUCCAAGCCCCGAUCAGACUUUCCUGCCCUCCUGUCCCGAUAAGAACAAAGUUCACUUCAACCCAACUGGCUCUGCCUUUUGCCGAUUCAGCCUGGUGAAGCCUUUUAUUCCCACUGUGGACUUCCUGUUCAGAGACUUCUCUUCCUCUCCCAGCCCCAUGCCACCGGGCACAUUCUCCUCCUGCCAGCCCACUCACACGGUCCCAAUCCUCAGUUUGCGGAAAGACUCGAGGGGAGACGACUUCGGCGAGAACCCAAAAUCUCCUCCGCUGGGCUUGGAGACUUGGAAGCGGCACCAGGCUGAAGACACCGUCCUCUUCCACAGCUCCCUGGUUGUCUGAAGCUCAGAGGGGCAGACCCAAAAUGAAUCUGUGGUCCCUCCAUGGCCUGUGGAGAAGAGUGCCUUGGAAUGCAGAGAACAGAGCACUUCUAGGACACAAGUCCUCCAGCAACUGCCUUAAAAAAAUGCAGACUGCCACUGGACCUUUCUGCAGCCGCAGUAGUUUUUUCCCCUUUUGACUCCUGGUACUUAAAAGCACUUCAAUUCCCUACAAGUUCAUGUCACUGUCCUGCUAUUGCGAUGUCCAAAGAGCCCCUCAUCCUCUCUGAUGGAAUAUACACACUAUAAGCUACCGGGUUUUUCCUCCUCUUGUUUGCUUGCUGGGUGAGGCAAGAGCUCAUGUAUGUUUUGUUUUGUUUUGUUUUGUUUUGUUUUGAAUUAUCCUAAGGAUGUGUCUCAGGCUUUCGACAGACUAGGGAGGAUGAAAGGUUUACAUGUAUCCAGAGGAACUGGUGUACGCUGCUCUAGCAGAUGGCUGCCGGGCAAGAGUUGUGCUGGGCAAUCUGUUUCCAGGGAAUGAGACAUCUAGAGAUUAUUUUGCAUCCUGCCCUGCACUCUAUGAGACCAGCAUUACUGGAACACAGCUAAAUGCUCGAAAGAAGCAUUUUCUCUUCCAAUCAUGCUGUAACAGUUAGAAGUUGAAUUGACAGAAAUUCAACUUGUGUGCCUUUUUUGAGGUCUUACUCCCUUCCCUUAUGGAGUAAGAAUAAGGGAAUGUUCUCUCUUUUCCCCCUCCCUCCUCAUACACUCCCCAGACAUCUUUUCCAGUGGACCUCUUGAGGAGAUUUCUUGCAACAGUUCUGGCAAAGGAAACUGAUGCUGAAGCCAGAACAAUGUCUAAAGUUCCCUGGUGGAAUGCAGCUCUUAGCAUAUCAAAUCCACUUCCUUCCUUUUUUUAAUUGUAAUGAUUUGGCCAGUCCAGUUAGGUCUGACACUACUACAAUUCUGGCUGAUGAGUCAGGGGGAUCUGCUCAGCUUUAACCUUACUUUUUAAUGCACAGAACACUCCAAAGAUCCCAUGGUUCACUUAAACUUAAAUUUUAGGCCACCCGCAUCCCCACCCCCCACAGCACAACUGUGAAAGGCCUUAAACCUGGUGAUGCCUUGAUUGCAAAGUAUUAGAAAUGAAAGCAACUCGUCUUUUUGCUAAGCCUCUGGAUUGCAUUGAAAAGGUUUUCUUGAACCUGAGAUGGAAACUAUAUUUUCUAUUUGAAAACAGUAUUUUUGCAGCUACUUUUGAAGUUUUGUAAAUUUUAAUGUAUGUAUCACAAAAGCUUAAGGAAGAAUGUUAGCCUUGGAGGAUCACUGCCUUGUCUUGGAGAGGCUUUUGCAGAUUUUGGUGUUUAAACCAAUUAAAAAAAUAAAAUUGUUCGGUAUCUGAGG